UCCGCAGCGGCAUCAGCCGGCAAUUCGCAUUCGACCGACGUCUUGGUUUAAAGAGUCUCGGGGACAAGACUUUUUGAUGAUGACUUGACUUCUGCCGACUGGAGUGAGCCGCGGCCUCAGGCAGCACAUACGAAGAAGUAUACUACGAAGCAAGCUAGAAGCAUUAGCGAAAAUACGAGGAUUAAAUAAUUAAAGGAGAAAAAGAAGAGAUUAAAGAAGAAGAAGAAGAAGAAGAAGACGAUUUCUAGUUAGCGGCGAACCAGAGAGACACGUUAUAGAAGAGGAUUUAUCAAUUAUUUCGAAUCGAGUAAUCGCGAGUGACACGAGGAUAACAAGGAUAAUAAUCCUUGGAUCUGUUUUUUCUCGGUUUUCAAUUUUCACCUGUUUUCUCUGAUUUUUAUUUUUUUGUUGUUGUUGAGUGGCCAGUGAGGGAAGUUUUGUACGACGUUUUUCGUAUUUUAAACUCGGUUGACGGGAGUAAAAAGAAAGAAGAAAGAAGAGCGUGGGGCGAGAUUAUUCGAGCCCUUUCGCGUAAAAUUUUUGUGACCGAUCCACGAAGAAUCGACCGAAAUAAUCGAUCCUCAACGACUUGGAUUAAUUCGAUUGAUCCAAGAUGAAGCGACAACCGUCACAGCAGCAGCCGCAACAGCAGCAGCAACAACAAACGAUGAUGCAUCAGCAACAGCAGCAACAGCAAACUGUUACCCAACAACAGCAACAACACCAAUACAUGCAACAGAGGACCGAACGACAGGUCACUCGGCAGCAGAUCACCAGUCAGCAGAGAGUUCAAGGGGAGAUUGUGAUGCAGACGACGCCCACGGUACCAACAUUUACCGGCAGACCCGGCGAUCCAUCGCCGCCGGUCUUCGAACAGAUCUUUAAGAACGCCAGAUUCGCGCAGGGUGGAAACGCGAUUUUCGAGGGACGCGUCCGAGGAAAUCCAAAGCCCACGGUAUCCUGGACGCACAAGGGUGCGCCUUUGUUGGAAUCAUGGAAAAUUCGAAUGUCUUACGACGAGAAGACCGGAGCGGUCACGCUUCAAAUUAACCAAAUUGGUCCUGGGGACGAGGGCGAAUACACGUGCAGUGCUAAAAAUCAAUACGGCGAAGCAAUCUGCUCCGUUUACAUUCAACCAGAAGGAUUUGGACCUCCACAACAACAACAGAUGGGUUUCAGGAAGGAAUACGCUCAGACCUUCCAGUCCACCGAACAGAAGUCUCAAACAGGAACACAAAGCGUUCAACAACGUAGUUAUCAACAAACGAUCGAUAAACGAAGCUACGUUAACGGAACUUCCAUCAGCAUCGAAGAUUUCAAGGUGGACACUUUCGAAUACAGACUGCUGCGGGAAACGGAGUUUCGAGAGUCGAUUACUCGUCGUUUCGUGGGCGAAUCCGACGUGCAGAUUUCGACGGUGGUAGAUCGUAGUCUGGGACCGGUUGCACCUCCGCAAAUCACGCAGAAGCCCAGAAACUCGAAGCUUGUCGAGGGAUCCGAUGCCGUUUUCACUGCGAAGAUCUCGGGCAAUCCGAAACCAAGAUUAACUUGGUUCAAAAACGGUCAGAGGAUCCGCGAAUCACAACGCGUGGAAAUGAGCCACUCGAAUCAGCAAGCUACCUUGAGGAUCAGAGUCGCCCUGCCGGAAGACAGUGGCCAUUACACUUUGCUCUCGGAAAAUCCUCAGGGUUGCACCGUCAGCUCUGCAUAUCUGGCGAUUGAGUCCAGCGAUCAAGUGGAUCAGGCCUAUCAAGCUCCAAGAGAAACGAUCAAAACUCAGCAAGUUGAAACGACUGGCGAGUCCGACUCUGGAAAAGUACUGCCGCCGAAUUUCGUUCGCACGUGCACCGAUCGCGAUGCCACCGAAGGAAAAAUGACCAGGUUUGACUGUCGCGUAACCGGCCGUCCGUAUCCCGAGGUGACAUGGUACAUAAACGGUCAGCAAGUAGCCAACGACCUGACCCACAAGAUCCUCGUGAACGAGUCUGGUAAUAAUUCAUUGAUGAUCACGAACGUGAGCCGCGCGGACGCCGGCGUCGUGACCUGUGUCGCUAGGAACAAGGCUGGCGAAACCUCGUUCCAGUGUAACUUGAACGUGAUCGAGAAAGAACAAGUUGUCGCGCCAAAAUUCGUGGAACGAUUCACAACAACGAAUGUAAAAGAGGGAGAACCGGUUGUUUUCAUGGCUCGUGCGGUUGGCACUCCUGUACCGCGUAUCACCUGGCAGAAGGAUGGAGUGCCAAUAACACCUGGACCGGAUGUGCGUAUUUCAACGGAUGGUAGCGGAGCAUCAACUUUAGAUAUACCCUACGCAAAAAUGUCAGAUGCUGCUUGGUACCAGUGCACGGCGCAGAAUGUAGCUGGCUCUACCGCCACCCGAGCACGGCUCUUCGUGGAAACACCGAAAGGAGUAGCCCCCGAACCAAGACGCCUGAACUUACCCCGACCGACGAAAGUCAUCGAACCAGAACCAGCGCCUGGCCCCGAAGUGAUUUAUUUGAGACACGUGGAACGCGCCAAGCCAUAUUUGCCUCCACCCGAGGAAGAUAGAGUUUAUCCACCACCACGUUUCAUCAUACCAUUGAAGGACGUCCAUCAGAUCGAGGGUGGACGAAUUCACUUCGAGGCCAGAAUCGAACCGGUGGGCGAUCCCACCAUGAGGGUAGAGUGGUACGUCAAUGGACGAGCUCUCGAUGCGAGUUCCCGUGCGACUUCUAUCUUCCGAUUUGGCUUCAUCUCUCUCGACUUAAUUAGCAUCGUUCUUCAAGACAGCGGCGAAUAUUUAUGCCGCGUCGUGAGUUCGACCGGAGUCGCCGAAUCUCGAGCUACCCUCAGCGUGACACCACGCGCAACAAUCGAACAGGCUAGCCAACACCCCGACAGCCUUCAAUAUAUUCAACAGCUCGAGGAUUACAGCAAGUAUCAAAGGCAGGAGAGCGUGGAGGAGAUCUCUUCACAGCGGCCGGCCUUCAUCCGACCACUCCAGGAUCUAGGAGAGCUACAGGAAGGUCGUAACGCUCAUUUUGAAGCGCAACUGACACCUGUAAGCGAUCCCACGAUGAAAGUGGAGUGGUACAAGGAUGGCAGGCCUAUCACAGCUAGCUCAAGAAUCACAACCAUCUUCAACUUCGGGUACGUCUCGCUCAAUAUAUUGCACCUACGAGCUGAAGAUGCCGGUUCUUAUACUGUCAGAGCUGUGAACCGCUUGGGAGAGGCCGUCAGCUCCGCGUCUCUUCGUGUCUUUGCACGCACAAGCGUUACUACUGAUCUGGGAAUCCCCGAGCAACAAAGGUAUAUCGAGGCUGCCGAGGAAUUGGAAGCCUAUCAACAGGCUAUGCACCAGAAAUACGUACAGCAACAGCCUGAACCGACUAGCCCACCGGAAUUCAAAUCUCCUAUCAAGGAUCAAAACAACAUACGAGAAGGCGGAUUUGCUCAUUUCGAAGCACGUCUAGAACCAGUCGGCGAUUCUGAUUUGAGAGUCGAAUGGCUCAAGGACGGACGCCCUGUAGAAGCAAGUUCACGGAUCACGACAUUCUUCAACUUCGGUUACGUGGCAUUGACCAUCAAAUACGUAACGAUUCACGAUGUUGGUAUAUACACUUGCCGCGCAUACAACCGCGUCGGUGAAGCACAUACAACCGCUCAACUGAGCGUGAUCAGCAAGAACGAUGUCAUCUAUGACAGUCAACAUCCGACCGGACUUCAGAAGAUUCAAACUUUGGAAGAUUCCAGCAGAUAUUCGCGACAAGUUCAAGAAGAAACACAAGUAACUCAAGCACCACGAUUUUUGGGCAACCUGAAGGGUACUAACAAGAUCGUUGAAGGUCAACGUGCACAUUUCGAGGCUCGUGUGGAACCUCAGAGCGAUUUAACUAUGACGAUCGAAUGGUACCACAAUGGAAAAUCUAUCACUGCUGCAAAUAGAAUUCAAACAUAUCACGACUUUGGAUACGUGGCUAUAGAUAUUCUUCAGGUUAGACCUGAGGACGCUGGUACUUACACUGUGGUCGCUAGAAAUGCUCUUGGAGAAGCUAAACUGUCCGCCACGAUGAUCGUGGAGACACGCUCAAGCGUCGAUACCAGCAGUAUGCAUCGCACUUCCUACGAGAAGACUCAGCGUCUCGAAGAAUCGAAAUUCGUCGAGCCCCAAUAUCACAUCGAGGAAAUUUCAAAAUCAAAGCCAAUAUUCGUGCAGCCAUUGAGCGAUCCUAAACCAGUGAGCGAGGGCAAGAACAUUCAUUUGGAAUGUCGUUUGGAACCCAUGGGCGAUCCAACGAUGAGAGUCGAAUGGUUCCAAAAUGGUCGUCCAGUUACCGUUGGCUCCAGAUUUAGAACUUACUAUGAUUUUGGUUUCGUCGCUUUGGAUAUCGUGCAUUCGACUAUCCUCGACUCUGGCGAAUAUACUGUCAGAGCCACCAAUCAUCUUGGCACUGCUCAUACCUCAGCCUGCGUCAGAGUAAUCGGAAAGUCCGAUGUUGUUACCGAAACUCAGCACGAGCAAUCGCUCGAACAGAUUCAAAUGCUGGAAGAUUCAUCGAGAUAUCGCAAGACCCAGCAAGAAGAAGUGACAGUGAUGCAGCCACCGCAAUUCACUCGUCCUUUGCACAACAUCGAAACGGUGGAGCUGACCAACGUUCACCUCGAGUGUCGUCUUCAGCCAGUUGGCGACUCCAGCAUGAAAGUGGAAUGGUUCGUCAAUGGGAGACCAGUGAAGACUGGCCACAGAUUCAGACCGUCUUACGAAUUCGAUUACGUCGCCCUUGACAUCUUGGGUGUUUAUCCUGAAGAUUCAGGCGUGUACACCUGCCAAGCUAGAAAUCAACUGGGAGAAGCCGUCACUUCCUGUUCAGUGAGAGUACACGCUAAGAAAGAUUUACUCCUGGAGUCUCAACAUCCUGAAGGCUUGGAAAGAAUACAAUACUUGGAAGAUGCUUCCAGAUACAAGAGACAGGAACUGGUUGACGAAGUGGUCAAUGUUAAACCGAGAUUCAUCACGGCUCCGAAAAAUCAAGAGAAUCUUCGUGAAGGACAACACGCUCAUUUCGAGUGCAAACUGGAACCUGUAACGGACUCGAACUUGAAAGUCGAAUGGUUUAAGAACGGUCGUCCGGUUACAAUAGGACACCGAUUCCGUCCAAUCCACGAUUUUGGCUACGUUGCUCUGGAUGUAAUCGACUUAAUCGCCGAGGACUCGGGUACCUACACGUGUCGAGCUGUCAAUCUGGUUGGCAGCGACGAAGUGUCCUGCACUCUAACUUGUCGAUCAACCGCACAAGUUUUGACAGACACUCAGAACGAGAUUGGCCUGGAACAAAUUCAUUACCUCGAGGAUAGAUCGAGAUACCAACGCCGAGAAGAUAUCGAGGAAACAACCACUCAAGCUCCAAUUUUCACCACCUCCUUGAACAACGUUGAGAUCAAAGAAGGUCAAAGAGCACACUUCGAGUGCAGGUUGAUCCCUGUGUCUGACGUAACGAUGAAAGUCGAAUGGUUCCAUAAUAAUAAACCUGUGAAAGCUGGCUCAAGAUUCGUCGAGACUAAUAGCUUUGGUUUCGUGGCCUUGGAUAUCAUGUACGCCUAUCCUGAAGACUCUGGUACUUACACCUGCCGAGCGAAGAAUAUCAUAGGAGAGGCAAUUACAUCUGCAACUGCAGUUGUGCACUCGAAAAAGUCAAUUUACACGGAAAGCCAAAAUGAAGAGACACUUCAACGUCUUCAUUACUUGGAGGAUACCUCGAGAUACCAACGUAAAACUACGACCGAGGAAAUCGUUACUCAAGCACCAGUUUUCACGAUGCCGAUCAAGGAUCUGAAAGUCGCUGAAAAUCAAGCGGCUCAUUUCGAAGCUCGAGUGAUACCUGUGGGCGAUUCAAAGCUCAAAGUCGAAUGGUUGAGAAAUGGAGUUCCCAUAGCAGCUUCGAAUCGCGUGACAACGAUGCACGAUUUCGGAUACGUCGCUCUAAACAUGAAAUACGUGAACCCUGAAGACUCAGGUACCUACACUUGCCGUGCAGUAAACGAUCUUGGAGAGGCUGUAACAUCAGCGACACUUUUCGUCCAGUCCAAGGCGGCCCUGCAAUUCGAGUCGCAGCACGAGAGCGCGUUGUCGAAGAUCCAGGCGCUGGAGGACACCAGCAGGUAUCAACGACGCGAAGAAGAAGAGAUCGUGGUAAAGGAGAAACCAUCGUUCACUGUCCAACUAAACGGACCUACCAGCUUGGUCGAGGGACAAAGCGCACACUAUGAGUGCCGUAUCGAGCCCUACCCCGAUCCAACUAUGAAGGUGGAAUGGUUCCACAAUGGGAAACCAUUAUCCACCGGUCACAGGUACAGAACGACUUGUGACUUUGGAUUCGCUGCGUUGGACGUGCUCACGGUAUAUGCUGAAGAUUCUGGCACCUAUACCUGCCAGGCCACCAAUAGACUGGGAUCGGCGAAGAGCUCGAUUAAUCUUGACGUGAAAUCUCGCUCCUCGAUUAUUCGCGAAACUCAACACGAAAGUGCCCUGAAGAAAAUACAGUACCUAGAAGACGAUUCGCGUUAUAAACGCGUAGACGAAGAGGACUUGAUCAUCGCCGAGAAACCGAAAUUCGGUCGUCCAUUGAAGAACAUCGAACAUCUGCCUGAAGGCAAAAGCGCCCAUCUCGAGGCGACUCUAACGCCUGUCAACGAUCCCACUAUGGUGGUUGAAUGGUACAGAGAUGGCAGACCGAUUCCUCAAGGACAUAAAUUCAAGACUACCUACGACUUUGGUUACGUGGCUCUCGAUAUUCUUUACGCCUAUCCGGAAGACUCUGGAACUUACAUGUGCAAGGCGAGGAACGCUGUUGGCGAGGCUGUUACCACUUGCGUCAUCAGCGUCGACUCGAAACAAGGCCUGUAUUUGGACACGUUAGACGCUCAGCGUUUGCAGAAGAUUCGCGAGCUAGAGACUGUAGAAGUGAAGCAAGAGAUUGAAAAAGAGGUUGUACACCAGAAGCCUGUUUUCCUAACGCCAUUGAACAACCUGGAUCUAAAGGAGGGCGAACACGCUCACUUGGAAUGCCGCGUCGAACCCAUCAACGACCCAAAUCUAAAGAUAGAAUGGUUCGUAAAUGGAGUUGCUGUAAGAACAGGACAUCGCUUCCGCAAAACACACGACUUUGGUUAUGUGGCUCUUGAUAUUCUUUAUACAUAUGCCGAAGAUUCUGGUACCUACAUGUGCAAGGCUACCAAUUUAGCUGGCGAGGCUGUCAACACUUGCACCAUCAAAGUUGGCUCUCGUCGCAGUAUUCUCCUAGACACUCAACAUCCAGAUGGCCUCGAAAAGAUUCGUGAACUCGAGGCUCAAGGACGUCCAGCCCGCUUAGAAGUCGAAGAACCACCAGUGACACCACCAAGAUUCAUCACUGAACUCAGGGGUACCACUGAAGUAUACGAAGGACAAACAGCCCAUUUCGAGUGCCAAGUUGAGCCUCUCCACGACGCCAACUUGAGGAUCGAAUUCUUCCACAAUGGCAAGCCGCUUCCAUCUGCCUCCAGGUUCCACGUGACCUUUGACUUUGGAUAUGUGGCUCUUGAUAUCGGCCAUGCUGUUCCCGAAGACGCAGGAGAAUAUUCCGUUCGAGCUAUCAAUGCUCUUGGCCAAUGCGUAUCCUCGAUCGAGCUGAGGGUUAUUCCAAGGGACAACAUUAUUCUGGACUCGCAACGUCCUGAAGGAAUGGACAAGAUUCGUGAAUUGGAAGCUCAACAACCUUGGAAGAGACCAGACGUACCAGAACCACAAACUAGGCAAAGACCAGUCUUUACCCAACCGUUGCAAAAUAUCGACGCUAUUCCCGAAGGGCACACUGCUCACUUCGAGUGCAGAUUGAUUCCUGUAGGAGAUCCAACGUUGAAGGUUGAAUGGUUCAGAAAUGAAAUCCCACUCGAGACAAGUUCAAGAAUCACCAAAGUCCAUGAUUUCGGCUAUGUCUCGUUGGACAUCUCCCACGUGAGAGAAGAGGACGAAGGCGUGUACAUGUGCCGUGCGUCCAACCCACUCGGUGAAGCAGUUACCACUGCUUCGAUGAAGAUCAAGAGUAAAGCAAGCAUUCAAUUAGACACCCAACACCCUGAAGCGCAACGUAAGAUCGCCCAACUUGAAGCUGAUAAAGGACCAAGUCGUCCUGAAGAACCGGAGAAGGUAUUCGAUAAACCUAUCUUCACACAAUUGUUGACUGGACCCACGGAACUUUGGGAAGGCCAGAUGGCUAGAUACGAAUGCAGAGUCGUUCCAGUUGGCGAUGCCAGUUUGAGAUUCGAGUGGUACAUCAAUGGAGUCGAACUAAAAAUGGGAUCUCGGUUCCACGUGAGCCACGAUUUCGGCUACGUGACCCUGGACAUCCUGAAAGUAAUCUCGGAGGAUUCCGGUGUAUACACUUGCAAAGCCAUCAACAAAUCCGGCGAGGCAGUUUCCUCGAUUUCGCUGAAAGUGAAAGCGCGCUCAGCUAUCGACGCCGAGAGUCUUCAGCCAGAUGCUUGGCAGAAGAUUCAAUUGAAAGAAGCGGAGAUGAACAAAGUACCGGAAAUGUUCGUCGACACGACGCCUCAACAGGCUCCAGUCUUCACCAAACAUCUCGAAAGCCACGACAGACUCGUGGAGGGUCAACAUGUAUACUUGGAAGCUCAAGUAGAGCCAAGAGCAGAUCCAAAUCUUCGCGUUGAAUGGUUCAAAAACGGGGUGGCUCUUCAAACUGGAACCAGACUUCGUAGUACCUUUGAUUUUGGCCUUGUCACACUAUCUAUCAAUGGUUUAAGACCCGAUGAUUCCGCCAUUUACACUUGUAAAGCCACGAACCUACUUGGAGAGGCUGUGUCUACUUGCAGUUUGAAGAUCGUCGAUCGUCACUGGUUACUUGGUGACACUCUUCAUCCCGAUGCUCUUCCAAAGAUCGACGCCUUAGAGCAACCUCAUGUCACCUCAGCAGAACAACCAGAACCUAUUUACGAGGAACCAGUGUUCAUCACUCAUCUGAACAACGUUGAAUGCGUAGAAGGUGACAAUGUGCACUUUGAAUGUAACGUUGAGCCAUCAAAAGAUCCAACGAUGAAGAUCGAAUGGUUCAUCAAUGGUAAACCUCUUCCAACUGGAGCAAGAUUCAAGUCGACUUAUGACUUUGGUUAUGUAGCUUUGGAUAUUACUCAUGCUUACGAGGAAGAUUCUGGGGUGGUCAUUGUUAAGGCUACCAAUUCGAAGGGAUCGGCUCAGACGUCAGGAACUCUCAAAUGCACCAGCAAACAGAACAUCUAUCUGCAGACACAGCAUCCUCAAGGAGAGGCUGGCUUGGAGAAAGUCAAAGAAGCUGAAGAUGCUUAUUUGUCGAAAUAUAGAAGGCCAGACGCUGGACCAGAACAAGAAUAUCCUAAACCGAUCUGGACAGUGCCUUUGCAGCCGGAAUUCAAAUUGGGCGAGUCCGAACCUCUUCAUUUGGAGGGUCAGGUAGAGCCCAAGGACGAUCCAAACUUGAAGAUCGAGUGGUACUUCAAUGGAAAAGCUCUGGAACAUGGAUCCAGGUUUAAGAUGACCAGCGACUUUGGGUUCGUCACUUUAGACUUGACAGAUGUCUAUGAUCGUGAUUCUGGAAUUUACACUUGCAAGGCAUACAACAAAGCUGGAGAAGCUUUCACUUCAACAACGAUCUACUGUACGACCAAGGAGAACAUCAUCGAAAGAUCGCAGCAUCCCAAAGGUAAGGAGGGUUUGGAAGCAAUCCAGGACCUCGAAGAAUCGCUGAAACGACAGGAAGGAGCUCCGCCAGAGAGUGAAGAAGGUCAUCCACCUGUGUUCACAUCUCAAUUCGAGAACCUGACUAACCUAUCCGAAGGAGAAAUCGCUCACUUCGAAGCUUCGCUCACGCCAACUAGUGACCAAACUAUGGUAGUCGAGUGGUUCUAUAAUGGCAAGGUCUUGGACGCCAGUCAUCGCAUAAGAACAGUCUAUGCCUUUGGAAUGGUGGUUCUCGAGGUUCUUGGAACCAAGAUAGAGGACUCUGGCACCUACUCUUGCAGGGCUACCAACAAAUGGGGUCGCGCCGAGAUCAGCGUGGAAUUAGAAUGCGUGGAUAAAUCUAAAGGACAGAAACCCAAAUUUACAACUCAUAUUCAAUCGCUGGAAGGUCUAAAGGAUGGCCAAUCUGCUCACUUCGAGUGUACUUUAAUUCCAGUUGGAGAUCCUCAUAUGAAAGUAGAAUGGUUCCACAAUGGCCAACCUUUGAGACACUCGUCCAGAUUCAAGAUGGUAUCCGAUUUUGGAUUUGUUGUGAUGGAUAUCGCUGGCGUGAUGGCCCACGAUACUGGAGAGUACGUAUGCAAGGCUAGCAACAAAUACGGCGAAGAUUACACUAAAGCAACUCUGAAAUGCUUUGGAAAGAGCGGAGUAUAUCUUGAUUCGUUACAACCAGAUUCUCUCGCUAGAAUCAGAGAACUGGAGAGUUAUGGCGGCGAACAACCUGCCACGCCAACGACUCCAGUUGCAGAGCCACCCAAGUUCAUCACGCAAAUUUCUGACAUCACGAAAUUGAUUGAAGGACAAUCUGCUCACUUUGAAGCUAGACUGACGCCUGUAAAUGAUCCAGAUCUGAAGGUCGAGUGGUAUUACAAUGGAAAGAAAUUACCUCAUGGACACAGAUACAGAACCUUCCACGAUUUUGGCAUUGUCAUCUUGGAUAUAUUAUACUGUUACGAAGAGAAUUCUGGAGUUUACGAGUGCAGAGCUUUCAAUAAAUAUGGAGAAGACACGACUAAGGCGACCUUGAAAUGUUAUUCAAAAUCGAGUCUCAUUUUGGAAAGUCAGCUUCCUAAAGGAAUGGAAGGUGGAUUGGAGAAGAUCCAGACUUUGGAGGACUCGAUGAUUCGCACUAAAGACGAAAAGAUCGUGGAGGAACGAGGAAAGGCACCUGUGUUCACUGUACCUUUGAGCAACAUCGAUGGCCUUCGCGAGGGCGAGAGCGCGCACUUUGAAGCUAGACUUACACCUACCGACGAUCCAAAAUUAAAGGUCGAAUGGUUCUGGAACGGAAAACCUUUGCGGACCGGUACUCGUUUCCGCACCUUCUGCGAUUUCGGCUUCGUGAUUCUCGAAAUUUCGCCAAUCUAUCCAGAAGACUCCGGCGAAUACAGCUGCCGAGCAACAAACGACUACGGCGAAGCUGUAACCACAUGCACGAUGAAGUGCACUGGAAAACGAAGCAUCAUUCUCGAAUCUCAACUGCCAAAGGGAAUGGAAGGCACGAUAGAUAAAAUCGCUGAACUGGAAGGUCUUGGAAACGAGCCUGGUAUUGCAACUCCGGACGACGAUACCGGAAAACCACCGGAAUUCAUCACGACACCAUCCGAUUUGACUCUAACCGAGAAUUCCUUGGCGCACUUCGAGUGCAGAUUAACACCGAUCAACGACUCCAGCAUGAGAGUGGAAUGGUUCCACAAUGGAAAGCCUCUGUUGGCUGGAACCAGGAUCAAAACCAUCCACGACUUUGGAUUUGUGAUUUUGGAAGUAGCUAAUUGCUACCAACGAGACUCUGGUUUAUAUACGUGCAAAGCAACGAAUCGUCACGGUGAAGCUACUGUGUCGUGCAAACUUCAAGUUCGUGGACGUCAAGGAAUUAUCUUGGAGCCUCAGUUGCCAAGCAACUUUAAGACUGGAACGGAGAGUAUUCAGAAAUUGGAAGAGGCUUUGUACAAGAAGGACGAGAUACUGACCGAGGAAGAAACACCUAAUCCUCCUAAAUUUACUGUGGAAUUGAAGGAUAUCGAAGUAGAGGAAGGAGCAUCCAGUCACUUUGAUUGCAGAGUCGAACCUGUGGGCGAUUCUACCAUGCGUAUCGAUUGGUUCCAUAACGGAAGAUCGUUCGCUACCGGAUCUCGUGUACACCAGAUUAACGACUUUGGAUUCAUUUCGUUGGACAUGUCGUACACCUAUGCUAGAGAUAGUGGAGAAUACGUUUGCAGAGCUACGAACAAGUGGGGAUCUGCUACUACCAAAGCUACGAUAACGUGCAAAUCUAAGAAAACCAUAGAUUUCGACUCGCAGUUGCCCUCGGGCAUGAGCGGCGAGAAGCUGAAAGAAUUAGAACGUGGUCCAGUAAGCGAGCCACCUGCCGAAGAGCCACCACGUCAACCACCAAGGUUUAUUACGCAGAUUCAAUCAGCAACCGUUGACGAAUCUGAACCAGUUAGGUUCGAAUGUCGCGUGGAACCAAAAGACGAUCCAAAUUUACGCAUAGAGUGGUACAGAAAUGGAAAAUUGAUCCCAGCUGGACACAGAUACAGAACAAUGUACGAUAUGGGAUUCGUGUCUAUGGAUAUUUUGUACGUUUACCCUGAGGACUCGGGAGAAUACGUGUGCAAAGCUAUUAACGAUCUUGGCGAGGACACUACCAGGGCAUCGGUAUCAUGCAAAAAGUUGCCCAACAUCAUCCUACAGAACCAAGUGCCAAAGGGUAUGAAGAAGUCGGAAGCGUUGAUGCAAAUGGAAGCCACCAUCAAGAAAUACACUUCGGAAGUUCACCUUACAGAGGACGAUCUUUACGACGCGGAUAAGAAACAACCACCACGUUUCGUCACUCAGAUCCAAGAUCAAACCGAGCUGGUUGAAAUGAACAGCACGAAGUUCGAGUGCCAAUUGGCACCUGUCGGUGAUCCGAACAUGAAGGUCGAAUGGUUCUUCAAUGGCAAACCUUUACCACACAAGAACAGAUUCACUCCAAUUUACGACUUUGGUUACGUGGCGAUGAACUUUGGAUGGGUAUAUCCUGAAGACAGCGGAGAAUAUCUAUGCAGAGCCACGAAUCUUUACGGAAUGGACGAAACACGAGCGGUGAUCCGAACAGCUGGCAAGCCUGGAAUUAUUUACGAGUCGCAACUACCAAAGGGCAUGAAGAGUAUCGAGAAGAUCAGAGAAAUGGAAGCUGCAUGGCAAAUAGUACCUGAGGAAGAGGGCGAAGAAGAGAAGGUGCGUGCACCUCCAACGUUCGUGAGCAAACCUGAACCAGUAACCGUGGAAGAGGGUGAUUGGUCCAGAUUCUGUUGUCGUGUCACUGGUCACCCGAGACCGCGAGUCAUGUGGAUCAUCAAUGGACAUACUGUGGUCAAUGGAUCACGGUAUAAACUAACGUACGACGGUAUGUACCAUCUCGACAUCCCCAAGACGAGGCAAUACGAUCAUGGGAAGGUCGAAGUGAUCGCGAGAAGUUCCGUAGGCGAGUCACGAACCGAAACCACCCUAACAGUAAAACCAAGGAGCGACGAUUAUCGAGGUGUACUGAAAAAUUCACCAAGACCUUGGUAUGAUUACGGACUGACCCAAUACCAAUCGGAGCGACAGAACACAGAGCUCGAGAAAGUUUUCGACGAAAGACACCAUAACAUCUCUCAAGGCAUCGAGAUCGCCACGGAACACCUUGGACAGAAAGUUUUCAAGGAACCAGAGACAGAAUGGCAAAAGUCUGUGAAGAGCAAAAAGAACGAGGAUUAUUACAACAAGCUCAUGACUCUGGAGGAAGAACAGGUGCUGAAGGAGAGUAGGCUGAGAGAAUCUAGCCAUCAAUUUGCUAUUCCUGGUGAAAAAGUUGUCUCUCAUUCUGUGGCGAAGGGAAUGGCCCAGCAAUAUGAGGAAACCUUGGAAGACAAAAAGGAGGAAAGAAUCGAAGACACCACCACACAGACAACUACCAAAUUCGUGAAGAAACCACAUACAACGGAGGUGGACAUCGACGUGGAGCGCAUGAAAUCCACUGGCAAGUAUCCUCCAGAACCAUCAGAAUCUACGGUUCACGGUCGUGAAGUGCACGUGGCCAAGCAGAAGCAAAUACAGAAAGAGGUCAAAGGAGACUUGGAGAUCACCAGAAAGAUAACCGCCACGGAAACCACCGAAGUGGAGCACAAAGCCAAGACCCAGGAGCGUGUUGUUCAAGGUCCAACAAAACCAGCCACGCCACCAGUCUUCACGAAGAAGAUUCAACCUUGCAGAGCUUUCGAGCAAGAGCAAGCUCGAUUCGAAGUGGAAUUCGACGGUGAUCCAUUGCCAACCAUCAAAUGGUACCGCGAAGAUUUCCCCAUUCAGAAUUCUUCGGAUCUUCAGAUUUAUACGUUCAGCACGAAAUCGGUGCUGAUCGUUCGACAAGUAUUCAUGGAAGAUUCUGGUGUGUUCUCUGUCAUCGCUGAGAAUCGUGGCGGAAAAGCGAAAUGCAGCGCCAAUCUGGUAGUCGAAGAACGAAGAAGACAACCUGGUAGAGGAGGAGUGAUACCACCUAGUUUCCUGUCUACCAUUCAGAAUACCUCGGUCACUACUGGUCAACUGGCCAGAUUCGACGCCAAAGUGACUGGAACCAAGCCUUUGGAUGUUUAUUGGUUGAAGAAUGGCAAGAAAGUGACGGCAGAUAUUCGUUACAAGACACUCGAGGAAGAUAAUACUUACACCUUGCUGAUUUUGGAGACAGUGCCAGAAGAUUCAGGCAAAUAUGAGUGCGUGGCGAUAAACAGUGCCGGAGAGGCACGUUGCGACGCUGAAUGUACAGUUCGUGGACCUCAAUCGCCCGCCAAGACGGCGAAACCGACGACGCCUGGCGUCGAAAAGGCGCCCACGGUUUUGGAGCCAUUGAGAGAUCAAACUAUCAGAGAGGGAACAUCCGUCGCCUUUGCCUGCAGGAUCACCGGAAAACCGGUGCCCACGGUACAAUGGAAAAAAGGCGACAAGGUCAUCAAGCCAUCCAAGUACUUCCAAAUGCAGAAGGAAGGUGACCUCUGUACCCUGAGGAUCUCUGAAGCUUUCCCCGAAGAUGAGGGCGUCUAUAAAUGCAUCGCCAAGAAUCCAGCUGGUGAUGUAACUACUUCGGCCAAUCUCAGAGUUCUUGCACCCGACGCAGCUGAUGUUCUCCCCAAACUGACGCCACUGAAAGAUCAAACAGUUCUAGAAGGACAACCGGCACAGUUCAAGACUCAAGUUACUCCAGCUAAACCAAAGCCAACGAUUCAAUGGUAUCGCGAAGGUGCCCUAAUCCCUCAGUCACCUGACUUCCAGAUGAUUCACGAAGGCAAUAACGCCGUGCUGCUGAUAGCGACCACCUACGAAGAAGACACUGGCACCUUCACCUGCCGAGCUACCACAUCAGCCGGCACCGUAGAAACCUCCGCCAAACUCAUCGUCAAAAAGAGAAAAGGAGCGUAUUACGAAGUUCCUGCAGAAACGGGACCAGGCGCGAAAACCGGCGUGAAACCAUCGAUAGGUCUUGGUACGGGCAAGGACAUUGUCCUUGAACCGUUACCCUUAGACGAGAAUGGAUUGCCACUCGAAAUACCUUUACAACCAGGGGAUGAAUCGUUACCUUGGAGAAAGGGGCGAGUUCAUCAUCGACCUCGACUUGGCGACGUGACGCCAUGGCGAAAAGAGAAACCGAAAUCUCGUGACACAUCUUUGGACAAAUUACAAGGGACAGAGUCCCAAGUUAAGCCUUGGACCGAAGAAGCUAUAGUAUUAAAGAAAACUCCACAGAUACCUCGCGAAACACCGAAAGAAAAAUUAGAGGAAGUUGAAUUAAAACCAGCGAAAAUCGAGAAAAAAGAAAUUAGAAGAGCUAGCCUGGAAGCUGUUGACUUGAAACAUGUUACGAAAGAAGUAACGAAAGAUGUGAGAACUGAAGAGAAGAUUGCUCGACUGGAAGAGACUACAGCAGAGACUUACAUGGAAGAAGAGGACUCUAGAUUUAUUAAAACCACGAAAAAAGUGGACGAAAUUGUUCAAAAGAGAAAGGAAGAAACUAAACCUUGGACCGAAGAGAAGGUUACAUUGAAGAAAUCGAAACCUGACAGGAAAGAGAUUCCUAGAGAGACUAUAGAACCUGUGGAACUGAAACCUUCGCGGAUCGUUAAGAAGGAUAUUGAGAAACCUAGCUUGGAAAAAGUAGAUCUAAAACCUGUUCCCACAACUGUGACUGAGAAAGUUACUGAAGAAAUUAUUUCGAAAACUGAUUACCUUGAACAGGAAGAUACGUCCAUGUUGGACGUGUCCAAAACCGAAGAAGUCAGAAAAAUAAAGAAGGAGAAGAUUGAAGAGAAGGUAGAACAGGCAAAGCCAUGGACAGAAGAAAAGAUCACCUUGAAGAAAUCUAAACCUAUAAGGAAAGAAGUUGAGAAAGAAACUAUAGAGACUGUGGAACUGAAACCAUCCAAGGUGGAGAAACUUCCGAUUCGAAAGCCAAGUGUGGAGAAGGUGGACUUGAAGCCUAUUCCAACGACAGUGACUGAGAAAGUCACUGAGAAAAUCACUGAAAAGACUGAAUACCUUGAACAGGAAGACACUUCUUUAUUAGACGUAUCGAAGACUGAAGAACUGAAGAAAUUGAGGAAAGAGAAGAUAGAAGAGAAGCCAGAAGGGCCUAAACCUUGGACCGAAGAGAAAGUGACGUUGAAGAAAGCGAAACCUGUGAAGAAAGAGGUUGAAAAGGAAACUAUAGAAACGGUAGAGUUGAAACCAUCAAAGAUUAUAAAAUCUGCGGUACAAAAAGAAAGUUUGGAAACAGUGGAUCUUAAAUCAGUCACGAAAGAAAUCACAGAGAAGACAGUAAAAGAAGUCGUACACAAAACUGAUUACGUAGAACAGGAAGACACGACGUUGCUUGAUGUUACCAAAGACACUCGAGUGAAGAAACUCAGAAAAGAGUCGAUUUCAACGGAGAAGGUUGAGCAACUUAAACCUUGGACCGAUGAGAAGAUAACUUUGAAGAGAACUAAACCUGACAAGAAAGAAAUACCCAAAGAACAAAUAGAGACAGUAGAAUUAAAACCAUCCAGACCAGAAAAAGGAGAAAUUGAGAAACCAAGUCUUGAAGCAGUGGAUCUGAAACCAAUUCCCAAGAAGGAAGUAAAAGAAGUAUCUAAAAAGCCUGAAAGAAAAGACGUGCUCACUGAAGAGGAAGACACGACCCUUCUUCAAGUCUCCAAAGACACAGAAACUACGGUCAAAGUUGAUAAACAGGUCAAGAAGAUAGAAGAAGUUGAAAAGAAACCGGAAACUAAACCUUGGACUGAGGAGAAAAUAACUUUGAAGAAGACUAAAGUUGAGCAAAAAGAAAUUCGUAGAGAAAGUCUGGAAGAAGUCACGCUGAAACCGACGAAAACGGAGAAGAGAGAAAUUAAGAAGGAAACUUUAGACAAAGUAGAUUUGCAGAAGGUGACAGAUAAGACACAAUUCAUCGAAGAAGAAGAUACAAAGCUAUUAAAGAUCGACAAAGAAGAGAAAGUUGAGGAAGAGAAGACAGAAAAAGUAAAAACUUGGAGAAAAGAAAGGAAACCAAAAGAAAAAGCACCAUACCAGGAAGAAGAAGAUAAAACGAUCUUGGAUGUGAAGAAAGAUAUCGAGUCUGAGGAAAAACUGAAAGAAGUGCCAGUUCCUUGGGCCAGAGGUAAAAAGAAACCUACAGAAAAGAUUCCUUAUCACGAAGAAGAGGAUACUACUCUUCUCGACGUCGAAAAGACUGAAAAGACGACUGAAAAACAGGCAAAAGAAGAAGUGCCGGUGCCAUGGAUACGCGGGAAGAAGCCGAAGGAAGAGAAGCCGGAAGUUCCGCAAAAAGUUCAGCCUGAAGAAGAAGUGCCUGUUCCAUGGGUACGAGGAAAGAAGCUGAAGGAAGAGAAGCCGGACGUUCUGCAGAAAGUUCAGCCUGAAGAAGAAGUACCUGUUCCAUGGAUACGAGGAAAGAAACAGAAGGAAGAGAAGCCAGAAAUUCCGCAGAAACUUCAUCCAGAAGUUCAACCUGAAGAGAAACCAGAGGAAGAAAAAGAGAAACUGGAAAAGGUCCCAUGGCUUCGAGAUAAGAAGGUUCCACGGAAGAUACCGGAAAGGAAAGAAGAACAGGUUGAAGAUAUUAGAUCAGUUGUAUUGAAACCUACCAGACGUGAACGUGUACCAGAAGAACAGGAGAAACCGGAAGAAGUGAAGCUGAAGCCUGUCAAACGCAUUCCAAUUGAAGAAGAAAAGAAGGAAGAAGUGCAAUUGAAACCCAUUCCGAAACGAAAGCCCGAAGAAAAGCCGAAAGAAGAGAUCAAAUUGAAGCCAUUCCAAAAACCGAAACCCGAAGAGGAGGAACAAGAGAAACCAGAACUGAAACCACUUGAAAAACUUGAAUCUGAGGCCCCAAAAGAAGAGGAAGUGCAGGUAAAACCGAUCAAACCAAAAGAAGAAGAAAUAAAGGAAAUUGAAGAAACGACAUGGCAUAGAAAAGCGAAACCCAAGAAACCGGUAGUUUCUGAAGAAAAAAUAAUCGACAAGGAGGAAGAGAAGAUUUUAAAGAAAGUAACUGAAGAGAAGGAGAUUGUAGAUGAAAAGGUAGUCAAGAAAGAGGAAGAAAGCAUCGGCGACUUUAAGUCGGUGACCUUAAAACCGGUUAAACGAGGAAAGAAGCCUCAAGAACGUGAAGACGUUGCGAAGGAAAUAAAAGAGACCGAAACUGAAGACUUUACAGCUGUUGUAUUAAAACCUACGAGAAAAGAAAGGAAGCCAGAAGAAAAGGUAGAAACAGAGGAAGUAACUUUGAAACCGAUUCAGAAAAUCCCCAAAGAGAAAGAAACACCUGAAGAAAUAACGCUCAAACCAAUGGAGAAGCCUAAAGCAGUGGAGAAUGGAGAAGUUUUGGGAAAGAAGGCUGAAUUGCAAUGGCAACCUGAAAAGAAACCAGCUAAAAAGAUGGUAGCAGAGGAGGAGAAACCAGAAGAAUUGACAUUGAAACCUGUCAAGCGACUUCCUAAGGAAGAAGUGGAGAAGGAAGAAGUUACUUUGAAACCAAUUAAGAAAGAGAAACCAGAAGAACAAAAACCAGAAGUUACGUUAAAACCUGUUAGGCGCCUUCCCAAGCAAGAGGAGGAAAAACCGGAAGAAGUGACGUUGAAACCUGUCAAGCGUCUUCCCAAGGAAGAAGUGGAGAAGGAAGAAGUUACUCUGAAACCAAUUAAGAAAGAGAAACCAGAGGAGGAAAAACCAGAAGUUAAAUUGAAACCUGUUAGGCGACUUCCCAAGCAAGAGGAGGAAAAGCCGGAAGAAGUGACGUUGAAACCUGUCAAGCGUCUUCCCAAGGAAGAAGUGGAGAAGGAAGAAGUUACUCUGAAACCAAUUAAGAAAGAGAAACCAGAGGAGGAAAAACCUGAAGUUAAAUUGAAACCUGCCAAGCAUUUGAAGAAACCAGAAGAAGAAAAACCUGAAGAGAUAAUAUUGAAGCCAGUUAAACGUCUUCCUAAGGAAGAGGUGGAGAAGGAAGAAGUUACUUUAAAACCAAUUCAGAAAGAGAAACCAGAAGAAGAAAAACCAGAAGUUACGUUAAAACCUGUUAAGCGACUUCCCAAGCAAGAGGAGGAAAAACCGGAAGAAGUGACAUUGAAACCUGUCAAGCGUCUUCCCAAGGAAGAAGUGGAGAAGGAAGAAGUUACUCUGAAACCAAUUAAGAAAGAGAAACCUGAAGAAGAAAAGCCAGAAGUUACACUAAAACCUGUUAAGCGACUUCCCAAGGAAGUAGAAGAGACCAUCAAGCAUUUGAAGAAACCAGAAGAAGAAAAGCCUGAAGAGAUAACAUUGAAGCCAGUUAAACGUCUUCCUAAGGAAGAAGUGGAGAAGGAAGAAGUUACUUUGAAACCAAUUAAGAAGGAGAAACUAGAGGAGGAAAAACCAGAAGUUACGUUAAAACCUGUUAAGCGACUUCCCAAGGAAGUAGAGGAGAAGCCAGAAGAAGUUACUUUAAAGCCCGUCAAGCGUCUUCCGAAGGAUGAGAAGAAACCAGAAGAAGUUACUUUGAAACCUAUAGAAAAAGAGAAGCCGGAAGAAGAAAAGAAGCCAGAAGUUAAACUGAAACCACGCAAACCUAUCGAGAAACCAGAAGAGGAGAAACCGGAGGAAGUGAAAUUAAAACCGGUUCCGAAGCCAGUCCCUGAAAAAGUCGAAGAGAAACCUAAAGAAGAGGAAAAACCUGAAUCCAUAUUACCAUGGCGCGUUGGCAAAAAGGCGAAGAAGGUCGUCGAUUUCCGAGAAGAAGUCACAGUCGUACCGAUCGAUCAAGAGAAAGUGGUCUCGGAGGAAACAACGGUCGUGGAACAGAAAGUGGAAGCUAAAGAGAUGACCCAAGUGGUGGUUAAAGAGAUCGAAGAACAUAAACCUGUAGAAGCGCCCGUAAUUCCGUGGAGGGCACCGAAGAAAGAAAUGGUGAAAGAAGUCGUCGAAGAAAAGGUCGAAAUUGUAGAGAUCAAACCUGAAGUGGUACACAAAGAAGAUACAGUAAUCGAAGAGAUCGUUGAAACAGAAGUCUCUAGGAUAAAGAAACGACGUCCAAAGAAACCGGAAGAAGAGAAGGAAGUAGUCGAAUUGAAACCAGUCGAGAAACACGAAGAAUUCAUUGAAAAAGUAGAGGAAGUGGUUCUUAAACCAGUCAAGAAAGAAAAGGUAGAAGUAGUAGAAGAGAAAGAUGAGGUUCGUCUUAGACCAAUACCCAAGAAGCCACAGGAAAAGGAAAUACCCGAAGAGGUAACUCUGAAACCUAUCAAAAAGGAGAAACCCGAAGAGAAACCUAAGGAAGAAAAAAUACCAGAAUUGAAACCAGUGAAAUUAGAGAAACCAAAAGAGAUAGAAGAGAAGGAAGAAACAGUGGCUAAAAUACCAUGGAGGAAACCUAAAAAGAAACCAGAAGAGGUACCUGUACCUGUUCCUAUAGAAAAGGCAGAAGUGAUCGAUGAAACUGUUACCGUAGAAGAGGUUAGAGUGGAGGAAAAAGUAAAAGAUGUGGUCACGAAAGAUGUAGUCGAGGUCGAAACAGAGAUAAAAGAAGAAAAAGUGGAGGAUCGUAAGAGCAGACGCAAGCAGCGUACGCAAGUAGAAAUAUCCAUCACGGACAAAGACAAAAAGAUCGCUCCGAGGUUCAUUCAGAAGCUACAACCCGUUAUCGCGCAACCAGAAACAACCGCAGAAUUCACAUGUACAGUGUUCGGCAGUCCAUUCCCCGAAAUUACCUGGUACAGAAACGAGCAGGAGCUUCACGCCAGUGAGAAGUAUAUAAUGACCAUCUACGAAACGACAGCCUCGUUGGAGAUAACUAAGGUGAAAGAGGAGGAUGCCGGCAUGUAUUCUUGCAGAGCGUCAAAUCCCGCUGGAGUAGCCACGUCCACCGUGAAUCUCGUGAUAUUCGAAAAAGAGGAAGAAGGCGUAGCGCCACACUUCGCAACACCUAUUAAGCCUCUCAUGGUGGAAGAGCACAAACCAGCUCUACUUGAAUGUGUGGUCACUGGAACACCGGUGCCGGAAGUAAAAUGGUAUCGCGGAGAGCAAGAACUGAAACCUCAAAAGGGUAGAGAAAUCACCUUCAAUCCUGAAACCGGUGAAGCAAAAUUGCAUAUAUUGGAGCCAAUGAAAGAGGACGAGACGAUUUAUCGCGUUCGAGCUGUGAAUAAAUUCGGUCGAGCCGAAUGCAGAGCUAAUUUGGUGAUCGGUACCGCGGUGAGGGUCACUAAACCGGAAGUUCUAAGAGCACCAAAGAUCACCAGGCCUUUACCAGCCUUGGUAGCCGAACUUGGAAAACCUCUAACUUUGUCAGCCGAUUUCGAGAGCAAACCAACGCCAAAAGUGAAAUGGUUCCGCAAUGGAACUGAAAUUGUCCCAUCUGACAAACGGGUGAUAAAUAUUUAUGAAACUACCACUGAAUUAUAUAUUCCUGAGGUGACGAAGAAAGAUGGCGGGAAAUACGAGGUUAGAGUUCAAAAUCCUGUUGGAGAGGCGAGAAGUUCGGGCUCUGUUACGGUGAAAGAACGCGAGGACAAGACAGACGAAGUGAAAGCUCCGAGGUUUAUCGAGCCGCUACAACCACAGAUUGUCGCCGAAGGAGAGGUCGUGAUCAUGGAAACACGUGUUGAAUCCUAUCCGGCAGCCUCCUUCCAGUGGUUCCACGAAACUCGUCCUCUGGAGUCCACGCCACAGGUAAGGAUUGUGACGCAAGAGAACAGAUCGAUCCUCAUGAUCAAGGAGAUCAAGCCCGAGUUGGCGGGCACGUACACCUGUCGCGCCGAAAACGUUGGCGGAUCAGUCACCUGUACGGCGACGAUAAAUGUGUUGGAGACACCGUGGGAAGAAACCGUUGAGCUUGUUUCACCGACGUUUGUUAAACGAUUGUCACCGGUCAGGGUCAUGGACGGUGAAAGCGCAAACCUGACGUGCAUCGUCCAUGGGAAACCUACGCCUAAAGUGGAAUGGUACCACGACAACAAACCUAUCAAAGAGGGCAAAGAGAUUACUAUUAUACAAGACACGGAAGGUGUGUGCAGUUUGGCCAUAACCGAAGUAUUCCCUGAAGAUGCCGGAGAAUACACUUGUCGUGCCGUGAAUCCUGUUGGCGAGGCCGUUUGCAUGACGUCGCUUAUCGUGGAAGCAUACGAGUACGUACCAGAUUCGGAGAUCGCAUCCUCGAUCGUUGCGACGUCUCUUACUACAGGGCAGAGUGGUUCGGAAGAGGAUCUCUUAUCUCCCAAGGAAACUCCCUUGUUCGACACGGACACAGAGGAAUCUGCGCCGGAGAUAAUAAAAAAACUUCCUCAGUUAAUUCCUACCAAAGUCGGAGAGUUAACCAGACUGGAAGUGAAGGUCAAGGGAAAACCGAAACCAGAAGGAAAAUGGUACAAGCAAGGCCAGGAGAUCAUGCCGUCCGAAGAAUUCCAAAUCGAGGAAUUCGACGAUGGCACGUCGAUACUGACGAUAGCCGAAACAUAUCCCGACGACACGGGUGAGAUUGUGUUCGAAGUUCACAAUCCACUCGGCGUAUCGACCACGAUGACGUACCUGUCUGUAGAAGGAAUCCUCGGAACAAAGGAGUACAGGAAACCAUCAUGGGUGGCCGAAAUGGAGGAGAUGCAAGAAGCUCUGAGAGCCACGCAAUCUGUACCACGAUUCAUCCAAGAGAUAACCGACGUUUAUGCGAGGGAAGGUGAAACCGCGGUGUUUGAAUGCGUAUACUCUGGCAAUCCUGCUCCAGACGUUGUAUGGUACAAGAAUGACAAGUUGGUCUCCAAUACCCAGAACGUGAAAGUUCGUAUCUCCGAUGAAGAGAAAAAGACAUCGCUAACGAUUAAACACGCGACCGAAGAAGACGAUGCUACUUAUGUGUGCAAAGCUACCAGUGAGAUAGGUUUGGCAACGACGAAAGCUAAACUACGCGUAACAGAUGUAACGGGUAAGACAACAUUCUUUGACGAAGAAGAGGUGGUCGAAGAACAGGUGACUGAAGUCAAACCUAAGGAGAAACCGAAAAAGAAGAAGCCAGAGUUGAAGAAGGCUAAAGAGACGAAAGAGAAGGUGAAGACUGAACGUGUGAAGAUAGACAAGAAGGAAGUGCGCAAAGAGAAGCUGGUUCCUAAAGAACAGCCAGAGGAAAAGAAAAUUGUCGACGUUGAAGAGACUCAGGUACUCGAAACGACAGAGAUUAUUGAAGAACAACCAACAGAGAUAUCACGAGCAAAGAAAGUGGUGCCGAUCCAAGAGCCGCUAGUGACGGAAGCAACCGCGUCGCUGAAGAAGAUCGACGAUCAGAAGGCGCGCGAAAUGGUACCAAAGCCUGAGGAACGUGCGAAACGGGUGGUGGAGGAGCGCGAAGGUGUAGUGGUCGUCUCAGAAGUGGCCACGGAAGACAUAGCGCAAGAUUUCACAGUGGAAUCGGUGGUCGAUCGCGCUAAAAUCACGUCGGAAACCUUGCAAACCGUCUCUGUGUCAGAGGUGCACACUGAAGCUGGUGUCCAAGAGAUGAAACGAAUCGAGGCCAAACAACGAAAAGCAAAGAAAACAGUGGUAACCGAAGAAGAAAUAUUCGAAGAGAAGCCCAGAGAAGUAAUCACGGAGGAAAAACCGAAAAAGAAGAAGAAAGACAAGAUAAAGGUGAAAGAAGAAGUGACCAUCGAGGAAAUCGUAGAAAGACAAAGAGAGAAUAUCGCGAGAGAGGUGGAGGAAAUUAUGGAGAUGCUUCACGCGAAAGAAUUUGGACCUGGCGAAGCUCCUCUUCGAGAAUUGGCUACUAUCGGCUUCUUGGUGCGCCAAGGUGUCUCCGUGAACGAGAUAAACGAGAGUCUGUACAGGACGGACAAUUUCCCUGCGUUGAAAACCCCCGAGGCUCAGAAUGCGCUGGUUCAAUUAGUGGAACGAGAAGGUCAUGGUCCAUUGAUCACGCAGGUUCUGACGGAAGAAACGACCACCGACGAAAGUGUAGUGGCCGCUACCGUUGGCUUCCGUGCUUUUAUGAGGAUGAUCGAGCUGCAACACGUUACCGUGGAGGAAGUGCUCACGCACUUCGCUCCUGAGGACUUCCGGCCGCGUGCUUGGGAGGUUACAGAAGCUACGGAAGUUGAAACGGAGGGACGAGUUACGGAACGAGUAGAUAUGAUCCACAAAAUGGAGGUCCAUUUCAUGGAGAGGAGGGACGAAAGAAAAGCCGUCCGCGCGCAGGAUAUUCGUGACAUAAAAGAAUACGAGGACACACGGCAGGCAUACACGACACUGCACGAACGAAAAGUAACAAAACCAAAGGAACAAAUCGAGGAGAGAAAGGAAGAUAGGGACGAGGGGGUUCAAGUUGUAGAAAUCGAGGAGAUCGAAGAGACUGAAAAGAAGAAGAAGAAGAAAAAGGAUGUGGAAGAAAUUGAGGAAGAAGUCGAAACGAUCGUUAUUGAAACAGACUCGAAGGGCAGGAUGGCUCAAAAACAAAAGAAACGCGAUGAUUUAGAGAAACAGGUUGUAGAGGAAGAAGAAGAAAUAAUAGAAAAAGUAAGAAAAGAAUUGAAACCCAAACGACCUAAGAUUGGAAAAGACGAGGUUGAGCUGGAAGAAAUCGAGGAAUUCGAAGUGACAAAAGAUAAAUCAAUGCCUUCGAUCAUGUUAAACGUUUCUAGCCAAAGACAUCAAAUAGUACCUUUGGAUCGUACUAUCGAACAAGCACCUGGAAAGCCAGAAUUAGAGAAAGCUAAAUUAACUAUGGACACUAUUACCCCAUUAACCGAGCAACUGGUCCCCGUUCAGGAAAAAGAAAUCGACGAUAUAACUCAAAUUAGGCCCAUUGAACGUAAAGCUUCCUUGUCUAUUUCACCUGUAGAACCUUAUUCUACAACAGAAACAACAAUUCAAGCAUCCACUGGCGAAUUUUCUGAUACCUUCAAACCUACAUCCUACGAGGCAACACCAGCUUUCGUUCCAUCGGAAGGUUUAAUUGUCAGUGAGACCUUGACCAACGAUGCUAAUCUAUCCACUUUAACUAUAGACAAACAAGAAGUCAGUAGAACUGCAGACGUUAGCGUGACUCUUCAAGAAGCUACUACUGUGUAUGAAACCAUGGUAAGUCAAAAGGAAGCUCCAACAGAAGAUUUUGUGUCGCCAUUGACAGUCAAAGCAGAAGACACUAUUCUGCCUCAAGUAGGCUUAUCAGUCUAUGAAGUUCAAGAAGGAUUGUCAGAAGACAAAUUAGAACCAUUAAAGACUGUACCAACUAAACCCAGAAUAAACGUGACAGCAGUUGAACCAUUGGUUGUCGAAGAAAUUCGAGCGGAAGAUAAACCAGGAAAGUAUUACCCAGAACUGGUAGUUCCUACAGAAGUCGCCACAGAAACUGUUAUUCCGCAACGUCAACGAGUCACAGAAGAAAUGCACGCUCCUGAGAAGGAAGGUGAAUAUGUUCCAGGUAGAUUACCACCUAGUCAGAAAGCACAAGUUGGAAUAUCUUAUGGAAACGAAACAGCAAUUAUCCAACAGAAUGUUGUUCAGGAAAGUGAGGGAGUGUUUAUUUCUGAAAGGAAAACUGAUACAUUCGAGGCUACUCCAAAUGUAACUCUGUUAGAAGGAGUUUCUGUAUCUACGGUUCAAACGCAAGACACAGAGACUCAUUUGACAAUCGAAGAGAUGAAGAAGGCUGUUGCUGAUUUAAAUGUAGUCGAGAUUACAUCAGCUGUAACAGUGGAGACUGUCCCGUCUGAGAAAGAGAAAGAGUAUCAACCAGGAGACAAACCAACUACCAAGACAGCAGAGACAUCAAUAUCUCCAUUAGAAAUUGGAUCUAUCACGAGUACACUUAUUCAGGAGUCCGAGGGUAUUUAUCAUCCAGAUCAGAAGCCUACGAAAGUAUUAGCGGAGACUUCUAUCAGACCUGAAGAACAUGUGAUGGUAUCAGAAAUCCAGACAGCAGAUUAUCCGUCAGAUUUCAAGGAAGAAUUGAAAUACGUGCAAGAAAGUGGAACCGUGGCUGUGCAGUUGACAGAGGCUAAGAUGGUCCAAGAAACCAUGACUCACGAUCGUGAGGCAAAAAUGGAUGAAAUAGUCAAACCCGAAGAACGUAUAGUAGAAACUAGUUACGACGCCAUUAGAAGCGUUGAAGUGUUCCAGACUACGUCUAUAGAAAAGGAAGCUGAUCUUAAAAUCUUCGAAAUGCCAGAAUCUCAUCGUGGCAAGACAGUACCUACUCAUCCUGUUGUUUCGUUAGAGGUUGAGAUGAUUCAACCAGAAGAUAAUCUAGGUGUUAUCAAGAAAGAAGUUCCAUCUUCUGGCAUGGCUAAAAUAGAACCCAUUGGAUUACAAGAGACUGUAGUGCGAGAGACUAUUGCGGCAGAAGACGUAGCACCGGUUGAAAAAGACAAAGCACCCGAAUCAAAGACGGCUGAAGUUACAAUGAACGAAAUAGAAGGCGUUCAUACUACUAUGGUAAUCGCUAGCGAGAGAGAAGCUGAAUAUACACAAGUAUCUGAGAUUAAGGGAGCUUAUGCUAGCACAGAAUUUACUACACAAGUCGCACCAGUGUUCGAAGAAGUCAGAACUCAUUCACCAACUGGAGAAUACGUGCCUGAAGAGAAGCCAGCUUCUGGUGUAGCUCAACCAUCACAUGUUCCACUAGAGAGCGUAACUGUAGCCAUGCAGCAGUUAGCAGAGAAAGAAGAUUUGUAUAAAACUGACGUACAGCCAGACCAGAAGACUGCAAUUGUGGAAUUGACUGAACCCAGACCUGGCCCAACUGUCUUAGAGGUUAUUCCCCACGAUCGUGAGAAUGUUUACAGUCCUGACGUGAAGCCACAGGAUUAUACUGCUCAGACAUUGGUGUCCGGUCACACAGUUGCAUUAAAAUCAGAAACUUUAGUGGAGCAAAGCACCGCUGAUAUGAGUAUUGACACGCCUAAAUCUGGAAAGGCUAUUCCACAAAGAGAUGCUUUGGAAGAAUUGGUUAUCACAGAGACAACUAUUGCUGAAACAGAGAAAACGAGAGAAGCAGAUGUUUUGCCAACUACUCAGAGUGCUGAGGUUGAAAUUCAGAUGAAGACUGAGAAAUUAACAGUCACUGAGAUAACCAGUGUCCAGGAAGAAGAAAAGUUGGAAGUGGAAGAGAUACCAAAAGAAAGAAAAGUUACAUUAGGAAUCACUGGAGGACACGAGGUUGCUGAGUUACAAGAGACAGUUCUUGCGAGCAAUGUAGAUAUUCUGAAAGAAGACAAGACAAAGGAAGAACAUGCUAGUCAACAACAGAGCGGAUUGGAAGUCGUUGAACAGACAGAGAUAUCUAUUUCUGAGAAAGAGUCGCCUCUCCAAGAAGAUAUAAAACCUGAUACUAAGAAAAUUGAAGUCACUUUUGAAGAAGGUCAAGGUAUCGUGGUAGGUAUAACGUAUCCAGAAGACAAAGAGGGAAUAUUCACUCGAGAAGAAAAACCUAGAGGCGUAGAAGCUACCGUAGACAUCGACACGCAAGGUGUAGCAUCCAAAUUGGAAAUCCUUAGUGACACAAGUUUAAGUGAUCUACCACAUGAAGCGGUUCAAGAAAUGAAACCAAAAACCACGAUAUUACCUAUCGAAGCUGCAAUUGCCGAAGAAGUACAGACCAGAGAGACAGAAGCACCAUUCAGUGAGAUUAAACCCUCUGAUAAGAAAGCGAAUCUUGAAUUCGUGACAGGAGAAGGUUUAAUUGUUUCAGCAGUUACUACUGAAGAUAAAGAGAGUCUGCUACCAGAAGGUGAGAAACCAGAGACCAAGACAGCUAGCUUCGAUAUCCCCACACAUAUUGUCGCUCAGACUAGUGAGACCACUACGACAGAUAAUGUGGGCGAAUUUGAACGCAAAGAGGCUCUUACGGCAACAGCUACAACAGAUCAUAUUACUUUCCACAGUUUAAUUGCUUCUGAGACGGCUGCUGGUGAUCUAGAAAAGCCUAUGGAAGACUUCGUACAACCAGAUAAAAAAGUAGUAGAUAUUUCAUUCCAGGAAGAAGAAGGAAUCACAGUAAUUGAGACCAUUGCUUCAGAUAUGGAGAAGGAAUACUUCGAGAAGCUAGAGAUCCAUGGUAAACAAGCUGUACCUAGUUUCGAUGCUCAUAAAGUGGCUCAGCUGACAGAGAUCAAUCCAGCUGCUGUUUCUGGAGACUUAACUGUGCCUGCACCAACCACAGUCGCAGCUAAAGAAGAACGAUUGCCAUUUGAAAGCAUCGUUCAAACUGAGACGGUUGUGUCUGAGACUGAGAAAGAAUUCAUGGACAAACCUGUAAUCACCAACAAAGCAGAAAUAUCUAUCAAUGAAAUCAUCAGUGCCACUACCACUACUGAAAUUCCAGCUGAUAAAGAAGAUAUUCUCAAAAUUCCUGAGAAACCGACUGAAAAACAGGCUAGUGUUCAGUUUGCUGGUCACGUGAUCGCUGAGAAGACGGAGGUGACUGUAGAUUCUAGUGCUGGAAAAUUGGAAGAGGUGAAACCAGUUUCAGCCGCAGCAAUGCCAUCUAGUAUUCCUCUGGAAGCUAUAAUUAGCUCAGAAACACAACCAACUGAAGCUGAAGGAUUGUUUAAUAAGGAUAAAGCGCCAUUACAAGCUCUGGCUGACAUGUCUCUAGUGGAAGAACAGAGUAUACAGGUGUCAACCGUGGUUUUGGAAGAUAAAGAGGAAGAAUAUAAGUCUAAAGAGCUUCCAGAGAUGAAGACAGCUGGAAAGAGUUUGAUUUCUGGUCACGUAGUCGCAGAAACAACUGUGCAAGUUGUAGAUUUUAGCACAGGCGAAUUUGUUGAGGAGAAACCAUCAGGUGCCACUGCAAUGCCAGAACAUGUUCCAUUUACUUCAUUAAUUGAGUCUCAGACUAUUGUUCAAGAAAGUGAAGACAAAUUUAUACCAGGACAAUUACCAGAAAAUAAGAGAGCUGUUGUAGAUCUUGAAGAAGGUAGAAAGAUCGUGAGUGUAUCUCAAGUAACUCCUGCAGAUAAAGAAUCUUUAUAUAUUUCUGAAGAACAACCAUCCAAACAUGCAGCUUCUGUUGGAUUAGACACCACUCAUGCAAUUGCUGAAACUACUACUAUUUCUGUUGAAGAUUCAAUAGCAGAAGUAAAGGUAGAGAAACCAGAUACUAAAAAGGCACUUCCCAGUCAAGAAGUAUAUCAAAGUGUACAAGUCACUCAAGAUAUCGUUCAAGAUCAAGAAAAUAUUUUCGAAGGAAAAUUCAAGCCAGAAGUUCAGAAGGUAGAAGUCUCUAUCGAAGAAGGUAAACGCGUGACUACUGUGACUGAAGUCAGCGCAGCUGAUAAGGAAGAGAUAUUAAAAUCUGUUCAAGAAGAGAAAACACGAUCGGCAGUGCCAGGUAUUGUAUCCGGACAUGAAGUGGCGGAAGGAUCAGAGGUUAUUCCACAGAUAAGUACUGGAGAUGUGGACAUUGUCAAACCUAUCACAGCAACAGCACAAGUAGGCCAGAAACCAUUCGAAACAAUCGAAAUGACGGAACAAAUCCUAGCAGAAAAAGAAAUAGAUAAGGUUGAGGAAAUAUCGAUGCAGAAGACUAGUGCACGUGUAACAAUAGAUGAGAACAGGUUUAUUGCUAUAACAGAGGCAACUACAGCUCAAGAUGGUGAAGUAGAACUGUCAGCUAUGAAGAAACCUCGCGAGGAAGUAGCAAAACCAGCGAUGGAAGGCAAAGAAGUCGCUGAACAGAUGGAAGUAAAUCUUAGAGAGGGACUUGGAGAUCUUCCUGAAGCACCAAAACCGACGACUUUUGAAGCUCAUUCUAUUCAAACUAUGCUGGAGAGCGUUGAUAUUAGUGAAACAGUUCCGCAAGAACAUAGUGCGAUAUUCGAGGAGAAGAUGAAGUUGGAUGAACAUAGCGCGAAAGUGAGCUUCGUGGAAGGAAAGAGUGUCACAGUUUCUCAUGUAAUCACUCAGGAUAAGGAAGACUCUAUGACCAUACAAAAACGUGAAGAGAGCACUGCAGAGGUUACUUUGACGAAGGUUGGAAUGGACGUGGCGCAGAAGGCUCAGGUAUUUGUCGAACAGAGCACUGGUGCUGUUCAGCCCUUAGAGAAACGCGAGGUCAAAGCUCAUCCUAAACAAGAUGCUUUAGAACCUAUAAUUAUUGAAGAUAUUCCAAGCGUAGAGAGCGAAGGAAUAUUUGAUAAAUAUCCAAAAACAAUUUCGUCGAUUGCAGUGCCCAUGUUUGAGGAAGGUCACGGAAUUUCUGUGACAGAAGUGACAUCAGCUGAGGUUGAGUCUCUAUUGAAGGAGAAGAAAUUGGAAGCUGCUCAGACAGCUAGUAGUACAAUCAUCACAGAACGUAAUAUUAUCGAGACCACUACCGUUGAGUCUCAAGUUAAUAUGCCAGAUAAAGUAAAGGAUAUUACCAUGCAACCUCAAGUAGCUGUUCCUGGACAAGACACGUUUGAAAGUAUCAUCGUGAGUCAGAAUAUAGUUGAAGAAAGUGAACGUUCGUUCGAAGGCGUGUUCAAACCUCAAACUCAGAAAGCAGAUAUAGAUAUACAGAAAAUGACGCCUCUUCAAAUUUCGGAGACUAUUACAGAAGACAAAGAGAGUGUCUUUGAUGUAGCACCUAAAAGAGAAGGAGUUAUAGCCACUCAAGAUAUCAGUCUUCAUGAAACUGUAGUUGGAUCGUUAGUGGAGAGUAUUCAGAGCACUCAGGAGAUCCACGAAGAGAAACGAGUAUCUUCUCAAGCCACGAUGACACAAACUGUCAUAGAGACAGCUGUUAAGAUGGAGACGACGACUGGUGAACGCGAAGAGACGUUUGAAGGGAAAUUCAAACCUGAAGAACAAAAAGGAAAACCUCAGAUGGAAGGACUUACCACUGUUACAGUUACUGAAGUAGUUUCUAAUGAAAUUGAAGAUAUUUUGCCUGCAACUGUUGCACCUAAAGGGCAGCAAGCUCAGCCUAGUUUAACUGGCAGAGAAGUUCCUGAAGUAACGCAGAUAGUCACUGGAGCAACCACUGAAGAAUUCGAAAAAAUAACUCAAUUGAAGGAACAACAAGGUAAAAUGGAAGUAGAAGAAUUGUCUUCAGUAACGAUUUCUGAAGUAAUUUCCAACGAAACGGAGGACAUAUUCACUACUAAGUUUAUGCCUAAAGAUCAGAAGGCGGAGUUCAACAUACUAGGCCGAGAAGCUGCAGAAACAUCUCAAGUGACCACCAUAACCGAAGCUGAAGAACUUGCAGUGAAACGUCCUGAAGAACAGAAAGGAAAACCAAAAUUGGACGAACUGACUCCACUUACAAUUUCUCAUGUUGUAUCUGAAGAAGCUGAGGAAACACUACCAACAGCGGAAGUUCCAAAAGAGAAGACAGCUCAGCCUAGUCUAAUAGGAAGAGACGUAGCAGAAACUAUGCAGGUGUUGACUGUUGCCAGUGCAGAGGAACUUGUAGCACCCAAAGCACCAGAAGAACAAAAAGGAAAACCGCAAGUUGAAGAAUUAUCUCCUUUGACAGUUUCACAGGUGGUUUCUCAAGAAGCAGAGGAAGCUUUGCCUGCGCCGGAAAUUCCAGUUGAAAGGGAGGCACAGCCAAGCAUGAUAGGCAGAGACGUGGCACAGACGAUGGAAAUUUUGACUAUGGCGAAUGUUGAUACGUUGGCUGAAGAUAAGAAGCCUGGAGAACAGAAAGGAGUUCCUGGUUUGGAAGAAUUUGUGUCUCUGUCAAUAUCACAGACAGUUUCUACUGAGAUGGAGGACUUGUUACCUAGUCCUGAAGUGCCUACAGAAAAAAUGGCACAGCCGAGUUUACUAGGUCGUGAUGUAGCAGAAACCACACAAAUUUUGACUAUGAUGGCAGCGGAGGAACUAAUAGCUGAGCAUGCACCGGAACAACAGAAAGGAAAACCAAAUGUAGAAGAACUGACUUCUGUUACAGUUUCUCAGACUGUCUCGCACGAGACUGAAGAGACGUUAGAGAAACAAGUAGCACCUAGCACAGCGACUGCUAAGCCUGCUUUUACGGGGAGAGAAGUCGCCGAGACUAGUCAAAUUCUUACUGUAACGAAUGUAGAAGAAUUAGAAAAGCACAUAUUACCUGAAGGACAAAAAGUAAAACCACGAUUGGACGAACUUACGUCUAUAACAGUUUCUCAAGUAAUGUCUAGUGAAUUGGAGGAUACUCUGCCAUCUCCCGAAAAACCGAGUGAGAAGAUUGCUCAGCCACAGAUGACUGGCAGAGAGGUAGCUGAGAAAACCGAAGUCUUAACUGUGACGAAUGUCGAAGAGUUGCAGAAGUUGGAUAAGCCUGAGAGUCAGAAGGGUAAACCAGAUGUGGAAGAGCUCAGCUUCCUCACUGUUUCAGAAGUGGUAUCGACAGAAGCUGAGAAGGAAUUACCAGCUCCAGAAGCUCCUAAAGAACGCAAGGCGCAUCCACAGUUAGAUAGUAUUGAAGUCGCAGAGACCUCGGAAAUAUUAACUAUGACCAGUGCUCAAGAACUUCAUAAACCAAAAGCACCGGAAGAACAAAAAGGAAAACCUCAAUUAGAAGAGUUGCUUUCCCUAUCAGUAUCAGAAGUCGCGUUUGGUGAAGCAGAGCAGGGUCUUCCAACUCCUGACGAACCUACCACUCAAACAGUCAAACCUAGUCUACUAGGUAUCCAGGUUGCUCAGAAAUCCCAAGUAAUUACAUCAGUUAUAGCUGAAGAGUUACAAGAAACUACCAAACCAGAUACUAAACAAAUAGUUCCUGAACAAAUUCCAUUCGAAAGUAUAGAACAAAUACAGCCAAUAACCCAAGAAAGCGAAGAUACGUUUAUCGUAGAAAAAACAGCUAAGUCAGCUACAGCAGAGAUGUCGUUCCGUGUGUCUGAGAGUGUCGAAAUAACUCAAGUGACGGCCACGGAACAAGAGUCAAAGGAAGUCAUAAAAGGCGUUGCUAAAGAAGUUUCAGCUCAACCUGAUGUGAUUAAACACGAAGUAGCUGUGAAAACUGAAAUUCAGCCAGCUGACGCAGCUGGCGAAUUUAAAGUAACUAGACCAGAGAAAAAGACAGCCAAAGGUGUAGAGGAGAUUCAACAAGGUGUGAUCGUAACAGAACCAUUGAGCUCUGGUGAGAUUGAGUCAGAAAUGCCCGAGUCUGUAUUACCUUUCGCGAAGUUAGCGAGCGUUACUAUCGAGGCAGAACACCUGGAACACGUUAUGGAAACUACAGAAGUACCAGCGCAACAACAUCACAUCACAAUCACACAACACACAAAACACGAUACGCCACAGCAAUUGAUCGAAUCAGACACAGAAGUAAUUGAAGAAUAUACAACGAAAUUCAGGCGCGGAAGUAAAGAGGAUGAAACAGCGGCGGUUAAGACUAAGAAAACGAUUAUUCGUAAGAAAAAGCCUAAAACAGAAGCUGAAGAAGAUAAUGUCGUUGUCAUUGAAGAGGAACUUGAAGAUAUUAAACCACAGAUACCAUCGAUACCGAAGAAACAAUUUAUGCCUAUUGAAGAGAUUACAACAACUAUGGAUGUUGAAGAGAUAAUACCUACAAGAAUCGACGAGGUUGAGGAAACUCAGAAGGAAGAGGAGAAAGUAGAAGUUGAAAUAAUUCAAGUUCAAGAUACUGAUAAAACAAAGAAAGUAACGAAGAAGAUUAUACGUCAGAAAGGAAGAACUCAAAAAGUUACCGAAGAAACGACGGUGGAAGAGGAAGGCAAAGCACCUGUAACAACGGUGAUAACAAAACCUACGGAGAUGAUAGAAACGAUUGAAAGAGAAAUUAAAAAGGAGAAGCCAGUAGAAGAACAAAUACCAGAGGAGGAAACAAAACCAUUGGCACCAGUAGAGUAUAUUAUACCCACGGUGCAACAAGUGGAAGAACAAGUAACGGUGACAGAAGAAGUAUCAAAAGAAGGAAAACCUAAGAAGGUUACCAAGAAAAAGGUAAUUAAGAGGGAUGGCAAGGAGCAACAGGUGACUGAAGUAGUGACAGUCGAAGAAGAAGGGAAAGCUCCGGAGACCAGUGUCAUUGAAGGACCAGUGGAAGAAAUAGUCGAAGAGAUUAUGAAACGUUUGCCUGCAUCAGCGUAUGCUAAACCAUCAGAAGUUGAAGAAGUUAAAGAACAAGUUACAAUUACGGAAGAAGUAACCAGGUGGGGUAAACCAAAAAAGACUACAAGGAAGAAGAUCACAAAGCGAAAGGGACAGAAGCAACAAGUGACAGAAGUGGUUACAGUCGAAGAACAGGAUAAAACACCUGUUACUACAAUAACUGAAGGACCAAUAGAGGAAGUUGUCGAGGAAACAAUAAAACCAUUGCCCGCUCCCGAACGUAUUACACCAACUGAAGUAGAAGAAGUCAGAGAACAAGUGACAGUUACUGAAGAAAUCACGAGAGAAGGAAAACCGAAAAAGGUUACCAAGAAGAAGAUAAUUAAACGAAGAGGUAAAGAACAACAAGUGACGGAAGUAGUAACGGUUGAGGAGCAUGGAAAGAAACCCGAAACAACAGUGACUGAAGGACCAACAGAGGAAAUUGUCGAGGAAAUUAUAAAACCACUGCCCGCUCCCGAACGUAUUACACCAACUGAAGUAGAAGAAGUCAAAGAGCAAGUGACAGUUACUGAAGAAAUUACGAGAGAAGGUAAACCCAAGAAAAUCAUUAAGAAAAAGGUUAUCAAACGUAAAGGUCAGGAACAAAAAGUAACUGAGACAGUUACUAUUGAGGAAGCAGGAAAAGCACCUGUAACGACGGUGACUGAAGGACCAGUAGAAGAAAUAGUAGAAGAAGUGAUAAAACCGGAAGUUAUUAGACCAAAAGAUGUAGAAGAGGUAACUGAACAAGUCACAGUCGCCGAAGAAUUAACCAAAGAAGGUAAACCAAAGAAAACUACAAAGAAAAGGAUCAUCAAACGUAAGGGAAAAGAACAGCAGGUCACUGACGUGGUUACAGUUGAAGAGAAAGGAAAACCUCCUAUCACUACAGUAAAGGAAGGCCCAGUAGAAGAGAUAGUGGACGAAACAAUUAAACCUCUUCCAGCAGCAGAAUACGCAAAACCAGGUGAAGUCGAGGAAGUUCAUGAACAAGUCACAGUUAUCCAAGAAGUCAGUAGAUCGGGCAAACCAAAGAAAACUAUUAAAAAGAAAGUCAUCAAACGCAAAGGUCCAGAACAACAAGUUACUGAAAUUGUGACUGUUGAAGAAGAAGGAAAAGCACCAGUGACAACAAUUACCGAGGGACCAGUUGAAAAAAUAGUAGAGACUUUCACUAAACCAUUGCCUGCCCCACAACGUAUUGAACCAACCGAAGUUGAAGAAGUACGUGAGCAAGUAACAGUUACUGAGGAAGUAACUAGAGAAGGUAAGCCGAAGAAGACCACAAAGAAGAAGAUCAUUAAAAGAAAAGGUCAAGAUCAGAAAGUAACUGAGAUAGUAACUGUUGAAGAACAAGGCAAAACUCCAGUCAUAACUGUAAAGGAAGGACCAGUAGAAGAAGUUCUAGAAGAAACAAUAAAAACAUUGCCUGCUCCAGAAAAAGUAAGACCAACUGAAGUUGAGGAAAUUAGAGAACAAGUGACUGUCACUGAAGAGAUAACUAAGGAGGGAAAACCUAAAAAGACUACCAAAAAGAAAAUAAUCAAACGAAAAGGAAAAGAACAACAAGUGACUGAGAUGGUAACCGUUGAAGAACAAGGAAAAAGACCCGUUACAACGGUGACUGAAGGACCUGUGGAGGAAGUUGUAGAGGAAGUUAUAAAGCCGCUGGCUCUUCCAGAGUAUAUCACACCAACUGAGGUGGAAGAGAUACGUGAGCAGGUCACUGUCACUGAAGAAGUAACUAAAGAAGGCAAACCUAAAAAGACCACCAAAAAGAAGAUAAUUAAACGAAAAGGAAAAGAACAACAAGUAACUGAGAUGGUAACCGUUGAAGAACAAGGAAAAAGACCCGUUACAACGGUGACUGAAGGACCUGUGGAGGAAGUUGUAGAGGAAGUUAUAAAGCCGCUGGCUCUUCCAGAGUAUAUCACACCAACUGAGGUGGAAGAGAUACGUGAGCAGGUCACUGUCACUGAAGAAGUAACUAAAGAAGGCAAACCUAAAAAGACCACCAAAAAGAAGAUAAUUAAACGAAAAGGAAAAGAACAACAAGUGACUGAGAUGGUAACCGUUGAAGAACAAGGAAAAAGACCCGUUACAACGGUGACUGAAGGUCCUGUGGAGGAAGUUGUAGAGGAAGUUAUAAAGCCGCUGGCUCUUCCAGAGUAUAUCACACCAACUGAGGUGGAAGAGAUACGUGAGCAGGUCACUGUCACUGAAGAAGUAACUAAAGAAGGCAAACCUAAAAAGACCACCAAAAAGAAGAUAAUUAAACGAAAAGGAAAAGAACAACAAGUGACUGAGAUGGUAACCGUUGAAGAACAAGGAAAAAGACCCGUUACAACGGUGACUGAAGGUCCUGUGGAGGAAGUUGUAGAGGAAGUUAUAAAGCCGCUGGCUCUUCCAGAGUAUAUCACACCAACUGAGGUGGAAGAGAUACGUGAGCAGGUCACUGUCACUGAAGAAGUAACUAAAGAAGGCAAACCUAAAAAGACCACCAAAAAGAAGAUAAUUAAACGAAAAGGAAAAGAACAACAAGUGACUGAGAUGGUAACCGUUGAAGAACAAGGAAAAAGACCCGUUACAACGGUGACUGAAGGUCCUGUGGAGGAAGUUGUAGAGGAAGUUAUAAAGCCGCUGGCUCUUCCAGAGUAUAUCACACCAACUGAGGUGGAAGAGAUACGUGAGCAGGUCACUGUCACUGAAGAAGUAACUAAAGAAGGCAAACCUAAAAAGACCACCAAAAAGAAGAUAAUUAAACGAAAAGGAAAAGAACAACAAGUGACUGAGAUGGUAACCGUUGAAGAACAAGGAAAGAGACCAGUUACGACUGUAACUGAAGGUCCAACAGAAGAAGUUGUAGAAGAAAUAAUAAAAGAAUUGCCAGUUCCAGAAGGAGUAAAACCAACUGAAGUUGAGGAGAUCAGAGAACAAGUGACUGUCACUGAAGAGGUAACUAAAGAAGGCAAACCUAAAAAGACUACCAAAAAGAAGAUAAUCAAACGAAAAGGAAAAGAACAACAAGUGACUGAGAUGGUAACCGUUGAAGAACAAGGAAAGAGACCAGUUACGACUGUAACUGAAGGUCCAACAGAAGAAGUUGUAGAAGAAAUAAUAAAAGAAUUGCCAGUUCCAGAAGGAGUAAAACCAACUGAAGUUGAGGAGAUCAGAGAACAAGUGACUGUCACUGAAGAGGUAACUAAAGAAGGCAAACCUAAAAAGACUACCAAAAAGAAGAUAAUCAAACGAAAAGGAAAAGAACAACAAGUGACUGAGAUGGUAACCGUUGAAGAACAAGGAAAAAGACCCGUUACAACGGUGACUGAAGGUCCUGUGGAGGAAGUUGUAGAGGAAGUUAUAAAGCCGCUGGCUCUUCCAGAGUAUAUCACACCAACUGAGGUGGAAGAGAUACGUGAGCAGGUCACUGUCACUGAAGAAGUAACUAAAGAAGGCAAACCUAAAAAGACCACCAAAAAGAAGAUAAUUAAACGAAAAGGAAAAGAACAACAAGUAACUGAGAUGGUAACCGUUGAAGAACAAGGAAAAAGACCCGUUACAACGGUGACUGAAGGUCCUGUGGAGGAAGUUGUAGAGGAAGUUAUAAAGCCACUGGCUCUUCCAGAGUAUAUCACACCAACUGAGGUGGAAGAGAUACGUGAGCAGGUCACUGUCACUGAAGAAGUAACUAAAGAAGGCAAGCCUAAAAAGACCACCAAAAAGAAGAUAAUCAAACGAAAGGGAAAAGAACAGCAAGUGACUGAGAUGGUAACCGUUGAAGAACAAGGAAAGAGACCAGUUACGACUGUAACUGAAGGUCCAACAGAAGUAGUUGUAGAAGAACAAAUAAAACUACUUCCAACCGCAGAAUUUGUGAGACCAUCUGAUGUAGAAGAAGUACGUGAACAAAUAACCGUCACAGAAGAAAUAACUAAAGAAGGCAAGCCAAAGAAAGUCACCAAAAAGAAAAUCACCAAACGUAAAGGCAAAAAACAACAAGUUACGGAGGUCGUCACUGUUGAAGAAGAAGGUAAGCCGCCAGUAAGAACAGUUACUGACGGUCUGACAGAGGAACUUAUAGAAGAAAUAAUAAAACCACUGCCUGCACCGGAGAAAAUCCAUCCAUCUGAAGUAGAAGAGAUACGUGAACAAGUGACUGUGGCAGAAGAAAUGACAAGGGAAGGCAAACCUAGAAAGGUAACUAAGAAAAAGAUUGUCAAGCGCAAAGGGAAGGAACAACAAGUCACAGAACUUGUCACUGUCGAAGAGCAAGGAAAAGCACCAGUUACUACAAUUACUGAAGGUCCACUGGAGGAAGUACUAGAAGAUACACUAAAAGUACUUCCUGCUCCUGAACGCGCAAAAUCGGGAGAAAUUGAAGAGGUACGUGAACAAGUAACAGUCACAGAAGAAGUAACCACAGAAGGCAAGCCUAAAAAGAUUACCAAGAAGAAGGUUAUUAAACGUAAAGGCAAAGAACAACAGGUGACUGAAGUGGUAACAGUUGAAGUAAAAGGUAAACGACCUGUUACAACCGUAACCGAGGGUCCUGUAGAAGAAGUAGUGGAGGAAUUUGUAAAACCUCUGCCCAUAAUUCAACGCGUCGAACCAUCUGAAGUGGAAGAGAUUCGAGAAGAAGUAACAGUCACUCAAGAAGUGACUAAUGAGGGUAAACCAAAGAAGACAACCAAAAAGAAAAUAAUCAAACGUAAGGGCAAAGAUCAACAGGUAACGGAGGUUGUCACUGUUGAAGAACAGGGUAAGAGACCUGUUAAAACUGUCUCUGAAGGACCUGUUGAAGAAGUGGUUGAAGAGACACUGAAAGCUCUUCCAGCACCGGAGUACGCUAAACCUGGAGAAGAAGAAGAAAUACGCGAACAGGUAACCGUUACAGAAGAAGUAACGGAAGAAGGCAAACCUAAAAAGGUAACUAAAAAGAAGGUAGUAAAACGCAAAGGAAAAGAGCAACAAGUCACAGAAGUUACAACAGUCGAAGAACAAGGCAAGGCUCCUGUUACGACUGUAAUUGAAGGGCCCACUGAAGAAUUGGUCGAGGAAAUAAUAAAACCAUUGCCAACUCCAGAAAAAAUUAAACCAUUUGAAGAAGAAGAAAUCCGUGAACAAGUAACUAUUACGGAAGAAGUCACUAAAGAAGGUAAACCUAGGAGAGUUACCAAGAAGAAAGUUAUUAAACGCAAAGGAAGAGAACAGCAAGUCUCUGACAUUGUCACAGUUGAAGAACAAGGCAAGGCACCAAUUACAACUAUCACUGAUGGUCCUACAGAAGAAAUACUAGAAGAAUCCAUAAAAGCAUUACCAGCUCCCGAAUAUGCCAAACCAGAUGAAGUCGAAGAGGUUCGUGAACAAGUAACAGUUACUCAAGAAGUAACCAAAGAAGGUAAACCAAAGAAAACUACCAAGAAAAAGGUUAUCAAGCGCAAAGGCAAAGUACAACAAGUUACAGAAGUUACUACUGUGGAGGAACAAGGCAAGAAACCUGUCACAACUGUCACUGAAGGUCCAGUAGAAGAAGUAGUUGAAGAUAUGCUGAAACCACUACCAACUCCAGAAUUUGUCAAACCAUCUGAAGUAGAAAAAGUCCAUGAACAGGUAACUAUCACUGAAGAAUUAACCAAGGAAGGAAAACCCAAGAAGGUUAAGAAAAAGAAAAUAAUCACACGCAAAGGAAGAGAACAGCAGGUAUCUGAAGUAGUAACAAUUGAGGAACAGGGAAAAGCUCCAGUUACAACUGUUAUUGAAGGUCCUACAGAAGAAAUUGUUGAAGAAACGAUUAAAACAUUAUCAGGUCCAGAAUAUGCCAAACCGGGUGAGGAAGAAGAAAUUCGUGAACAAGUUACUGUCACACAAGAAGUCACUGAAGAAGGGAAACCAAGAAAGAUCACCAAAAAGAAGGUCAUUAAGCGUAAAGGCAAAGAACAACAGGUGACAGAAGUUGUUACCAUCGAAGAACAAGGAAAGAGACCUGCAACAACCGUCACUGAAGGUGCUGUCGAGGAAAUAGUAGAGGAAAUGGUAAAACCAUUACCUGCUGCAAAACGUGUGAAACCUACUGAAGUAGAAGAAGUUCGUGAACAAGUAACUAUCUCUGAAGAGAUAACUAAGGAAGGUAAACCAACGAAAGUCACCAAGAAAAAGCAGAUCAAGCGUAAAGGAAAGCAACAACAGGUUACUGAAGUAGUAACGAUCGAAGAACAAGGCAAGGCUCCAGUUACAAUUGUCACUGAAGGUCCAACAGAAGAAGUAGUCGAAGAAAUAUUGAAAACUUUACCAGCACCCAAAUAUGCUAAACCAUCAGAAAUCGAGGAGCUUCGUGAACAAGUCACUGUGACCCAAGAAAUUACAAAAGAAGGUAAACCAAAGAAAACAGUUAAAAAGAGGGUUAUCAGGCGUAAAGGGCCACAACAGCAAGUAACAGAAGUUGUCACAGUCGAGGAAGAAGGAAAAGCUCCUGUCACAACCGUAACCGAGGGACCUGUUGAAGAACUGAUUGAUGAUGUAAUAAAACCACUUCCUGUUCCAGAAUAUGUGAAACCAACUGAAGUUGAAGAAGUUCGCGAACAAGUGACUGUCACUGAAGAAGUUACUAAGGAGGGUAAACCUAAGAAGGUCACGAAGAAGAAGAUCAUCAAACGCAAAGGAAGAGAGCAACAAGUGUCUGAAGUUGUCACUGUAGAAGAACAAGGCAAGCUUCCAGUUACAACUGUUACUGAAGGUCCUACAGAAGAAAUAGUUGAAGAGACACUGAAAGCUCUUCCUGCCCCAAAACAUGCUAAACCAGGAGAAGUUGAAGAGGUCCGUGAACAAGUUACAGUUACGCAAGAAGUGACAAAAGAAGGCAAACCCAAGAAAGUCACCAAAAAGAAGGUUAUCAAACGCAAGGGAAAAGAACAACAAGUGACUGAGAUGGUAACCGUUGAAGAACAAGGAAAGCGACCUGUCACAACUGUCACUGAAGGUCCUAUUGAAGAAGUUGUCGAAGAAAUUGUAAAAGCACUUCCUAUUACAGAACGUAUAGAACCUACAGAAAAGGCGGAAGCACCCGAAGAAGUAGAAGUGACUGAGAUCGUUACGAAAGAAGGCAAAUCGAAAAAGGUCAUUAAAAAGAAAGUUCCUAAGAAAGUUCCUAUAUCUGAAGAAGAGAAGAUCGAAGCACCUGAAGCUCCAGAAAUUCCUCUAGAAAAAGCUAAGAAGAAACCUGUCAAGCUCCAACGUAUGAAAAUAACGAAAUUCGAAGCCACAAAACUCGAAGUUCAAGAAGUAUCGGUGGAUAAACCUCAGUUCGCUCAAAUUAAAUUACGCAAGACUCCAACUGUGAAACGUCCAGUGGAGAAAAAGGACAAAAUUCCUCGCGUUCUUCUUCGAAGCCGAAUUACACCUAUUGAGUGGCCUCCAGCGAUAAAACAUUUGAAGAUCGACGAGCUCGAACCAAACGAGGUCCAAAAUGGUAUCUUAUCUCGCAACAUUGAAGAAGCUGAUAAGUUACCAAAACCAAAGAAGAAGAGGAUCAAGCGCAUAGAAAAAGAAAUAGCAAAGCUUGAGAAGUUGGAUCAGGAGUUCGAGGAGUUAAAGAAAGAAUUACCACUAGAGAAACUUGAAGAACCUGUACCAGAAGUAAAACCAGAGAAGAAAGUUAAAAAGAAAAAACCUGUUGCAAAGAUUGAAGGUGAGAAACCUCAGUUGAUGAGGAUCAGUAUCAAGGAACAGAAAGCAAUUAAACCUAAGAUCGAAGAACCGGCUACUCCUUUAUUCGCGCAAAUUAAACUAAAGAAAGCUCCUGUCAAACCGAAGAAAAAAGAAGACAAGGAUGAAAAGUUCCCUAAAAUUCUUUUACGCAGCCGUAUCACAGAACACGAAUGGCCACCGUCGAUUAAAUAUCCAAUUAUAACCGAACUUGAACCUAAUUACGUACAGAAUGGUAUUCUAUCUCAUACCAUGGAAGAAGCACUAAAAUUAAAGAAGAUAAGACAUAAGAAGGUGAAACUUCCAGAGAAAGAAAUAACAGAAUUAGAGAAAGUGGAUCAAGAAUUUGAAGAAUUGAAGAAAGUUCCAUUAGAAAAGGUAGAAGAAAUGGCACCAUAUGAACGUAAACCUAAACCAGAAAAACCUGAAGAAGAAAAACCGAAGAAAUUGAAAAUAGGCAAAGGAAAGCCGCGGAUUGCAGAAGAGGAGAAACCAGAGACUGUGAAACUGAAGAAGAUACCAGAGAAGGUUCCAAGUGUUUCAGAAGAAGAGGCUCCCGUUCCGAAGAAAAAAGAAGAAAAAGAGAAACCAAAGAAAGAAAAAGAAGAGAAGGAAUAUCCUGAGUUAAAACCAUUUGAACCUUAUGAGAUGGAAACUCCGGAAGUUGAACUGGAAGAAAGAGAGGUGCCAGAGUAUCCUGAACCGGGAAAGAAAGUUCCUAAGAAAGUUCCAAGCAAAAAACCAAAGAAAGAACGUAAAACACCAGCUCAGGAAACCGAGGCUAUUCCAAUAGUACCUGGAAUUCCAAAACCAGAAGAACCGGAAGAAGAAGAAGAAAUAAAGAGGAGAAUUCCUGAAAGAGAAGCUCCAAAGGAGGAGCCAGAGAAAAUCAAACUGAAACCUUGGAAAAAACCGGAAGAAGAGAAAGAGGAAGAGAAGAAGCCCGAAGAUUAUCUGAAAUUCGUUCCCAAAGACGACGACAUUAUCGAAACUGUCGAGGUUGUUACAACCGUAAUUACAGAAGAAAUACCUGAAAAGAAACCGCGAAAGAUCAAAAAGAAGAAAACCACGACCAAACGUGGUGACGAGAAACCAAUAGUUGUUGAAGAGACAACGAUACAAGAAGAAGGCGAAGAGCCACUCGUAACUGUCGAAGAAAUUGUCGAAGAUAAACCAAUGGUAUUACCGAUAGAAUCGAUUGUACCAGCCGCGCCUGUCGAAGAGAUCAAAGAAGAGAUCGUAACGAGCGAGAUCGUGACCGAGGAAGGAACAAAGAAAACUGUACGCAAAAAGCGUGUCACCAGGAAAUACGAAGGUAAAGAACAGGUCACUGAAGAGGUGACCGUGGAAGAGGAAGGUAAAGAACCAUUAACAGCAACAAUAGAAAUCCACGAAGACACUACACCAGAAAUACACGAAAAACCAAAACACAAAAGACCGAUAAAACCUAAAGCUGACAAGAAUGUGACAGAAGAUAUUACGGAAGAAGUGGUUGAAAAGGAAAUCAUCGAGGAAGUCAAACCUAUCAAAAAGAUCAUCAAGAAGAGGAAGCCAGUGCCGGGUAAAGAUGAAGUAACAGAGGAAGUCGUGGAAGAGAUAAUAAUAGAGCAACCACAAGAAGAAGAAGCCCGACCAAUCAUUGAAGAAGUAGAAACAGUGACGAUCACGGAACACGAUGUACGAAAAGCUCCAAAGAAGAAGAAGGAGGUGGUCAUCAAAGAGGAAGAAGAGAUCUUCGAAACAAUCGAAACACCCACUCAGAAAAUAAUUCGAAAGAAGAUCCGUCCAAUGAAGAAAGGAGAAGAAGAGAUCGUGGUGGAAGAGAUAAUUCAGAAGCCACUAGAAGAAAUAACCAAAAUGGAAGAAGAACAAAUAGUAGAAGUCGUUGAGACACCCACUAAGAAAGUAGUAAAAAAGAAGAAAGCCAUAGUGAAAGAUGACGGUGUUCCUGAAGAGAUCGUUGAAGAAAUUAUUAUCGAAAAGCCACAGAAAGAAAAAGCGAAACCUAAGGUAGAAGAAGGAACAGAAACGGUUAAAGUAACAAGGGUUGAUCUGAAGAAAGCACCGAAGAAACCUGAAGAGAUAGUAGAAGAAGAAGAAGAAAUCAUUGAAACCAUUGAGACACCAACAAAGAAGAUCAUUCGAAAGAAACCUAAAGAUAAGAAGGAAAAGGUAGUGGAACAAGUUAUACAGAAGACCAUAGAGGAAGCAAAAGCCAUGGAGGAAAAUGAAAUCGUAGAAAUCAUUGAAACACCAACGAAGAAAAUAAUCAAGAAGAAAAAAGCUACAAUCACAGAAGGAGAAGCUCCUGAGGAACAAAUCGAAGAGAUCGUGAUUGAGAAACCUGUUAAAGAAAAAGCCAAAAAGAAGAUUCUACCAAAAGAAGGUUUAGAAAUCACUGAAAUUAUUACCGAAACUUCUGUCGAGGAGUUACUUGAGGAGAAGGCUAAACCUGAAGAAGCCAAACCCUCGGAAGUGGAAGAAGAAAAGGCAGAAGUUACUAAGGUAGAAGUAAAGAAAGUUCCAAAGAAGAAGAAGAAACCAGUUACAGCUCUUGAAGCCGAAGAGAAGGACGAAGCUGUGGAAGAAAUAAAACCUGAGGUACCUAAAGAAGAAAAGGCGGAACCAGCUGUUAUAGAGAAAGAAAGUGUUGAAGUGACUGAAGUGAUUUCUCAAGUGACCACGGAGGAACUUCCUGAAGAGGUUAAACCUAAGAAGAAGAAGGCUACUGAGGUUAAGGAGAUAGAAGAACAGGUGAUCAAAAAAGAGGUUAAAGUGAAGGAAGCACCGAAAGAAGGUGUGUCUGAAACUGAAGAACAGCCAGAGGAAGAAGUACAAGAACUUGUAACUGAGAAGCCAAAGAAGGUUAAAGCCAAGAAAGAAAUUACGCCUCAAGAUGGUAUUAUAACCACUGAAGUUAUUUCUACAACUGCGGAAGAAGAAUUACAAGUGCAGAAACCAGAAGAAGAUAAGGCUAAAAUAGUCGAAGAGAAGGAAGAGAAAGCAGAAGUAAAAGAAAAGAAGGUUACUGUAAAGAAGACUCCUAAGAAGAAAUUAACACCGAAGGAAGCUGAAGAGGAACAAGUGGAGGAAGUUGUGGAAGAGAUUACAGCGGAUGAACCAAAGAAAAGGAAGGCUAAGAAGACUGUCCUUCCGAAGGAAGAGUUACAAACAACUGAAGUGGUUACUGAGAUUACUACAGAAGAAAUAAAAGAAGAGAAGCCAAGGGAAGAGAAGGCUGUUCCUAAAGAGGAAGAAAAAGUUGAAGAAGAGGCAACGGUUACCGAGGUUUCUGUGAAGAAGGUACCUAAGAAGAAGAAAAAGGAGGAAGUUGUGACGAACGGUGAAGUGAUUGAAGAGAAACUGAAAGUGAAGGAAAUUCCUGAAGAGAAACAGGAAGUAAAGGAAGAAGUAAAGGAAGAAAAACCAGAGGAAGUGAAACCAGAAGAAGAAAGAGCAAAGGAGGUGGAAACGGAGGAAGAGAAACCAAAAGAAAAACCAAAGAAGAAGAAAAUCACCGCAGAAAAGAAACCCACCGUUGUAGAGGAAGAGCAACACGAGGAAAAGAUAGAAGAAAUACCAGAAGAGAAGCCAAAGAUGGUCAAAGCCAAGAAGGAGAUUAUUCCACAGGAUGCCGUUGAAACCGCAGAAGUUGUUCCAGAAACUGUUGCUGAAGAAACGCCAACAAAGAAACCUGAAGAACGCAAGGCUGUACCAGUCGAAGAGAAACUGGAAGAAGAAGUAGUAAUAGAAGAGGUUCCUAUAGAAAAAGCUCCGAAAGAGGAAGAGAAAGAAAUACCGGAAGAGAAACCAGAAGAAAUUCCUGAAAAACCAAAGGAAGCAAAGGUUGUAAAGAAGAGAAAGAAGAAGAUAGUGAAGAAAGAUGAAAUCGAGGAAUGGGUCGAACCGGAGUACGAACGACCUGUACUGGAACCCAUGCCUGAGAAGAUUCAAUGGGAACCAAAGAAAAAGAAAGAGAAGAAACCUUUACCAGAAUCUUUGCAAAAAUUGGUCCCUCAAAAAAUCGAAAGAAAAGAGAUCAAACCCACGAAGCUCAAAUACUCAGAACCGGUUGAAACCGUUCAGUUCGCUGCGAUCAAAUUGAAAAAAGUGGCAGUUUCGAAGAAGAAAGUAGUUGAAGAAGCCAAAUUCCCGAAGAUCAUGUUACGAAGCAGACUUACAUUCGUCGGUGACUAUCCACCUGAAAUUCAAUAUCCAAAGAUAACAGAACUAGAAGAGAAUCCGGUUCAAUCUGGUAUUCUGUCUAGAAACACCGAGGAAGCUCUGGAAGUGCUGAAGCGAAAGGUCAAGAAAGUUAAACUUCCUAAGAAAGAAAUUGCAGAAUUGGAAAAAUUGGAUCAAGAAUUCGAAGAAUUGAAGAAGGUACCUUUGGAGAAAGUGGAGGAUAAAUCGAUAUACGAACGUCCACCGAAGAAGCCUGCAGAAAAACCAGAAGAGCCACAGAAGUUGGUCGUUGGCAAAGGCAAGGUACCUGAAGAAGAAAAAGUGGAACCUGAAAAGGUGAAACUAAAGAAGGUUCCUGAAAAGAAACCAGAAGAAAUCGAAGAACCAUUGAAGAAACCACCCAAACCAGUACCUGAAGAGGAAGUGAAACCAGAGAAAAAAGACAAACCAAAGGUGAAAUUAGAACACGAUGAGUUAAAGCCUUUGGAUUUCGAGAGACCAGAACUGGAGAAAUAUGAACCAGAGAAAUACGAAGAACCAGAAAAACCAGCACCAGAGCCAGUUCCAAAACCAUACGAACCAGAAGAGAAGAAGAAGCCAGAUCAAGAGAUCGAACAGAUUCCGUUGAUAAAGGGAAAACCGAAACCACAAGAGCCGGAUAAAGAACCUGAAGUUAAGUUCAGAAUACCUCAAAAAGACAAGCCAGAAGAGGAACCAGAGAAGAUAACGUUAAAGGGUUGGAAAAAAGACAAACCUGAGGACGAAGGUGUGGAAGAGUUCCCAGCGAAGGAAGAAGAGGAAGCUCCUAAAGCACCCAAAGAAGAACUUGAAGAAAUCACUGUGAAGCGUAAGGUGAAACCAAAGAAACCCAAAGAGAAGGUUCCAAAGGAAGAAGAGGUAACACUGAAGGAGCCUGAAAAGAAGAAACCGGAAGAAGUUCCAGAAGUAGUAGAAGAUAUCACUUUGAAAAAGGAACCAGAGAAACCUAUUGAAGAAGCUCCUGCUGAACUUACCAUCAAGAAGCCAGUUUUGAAGGAGAAAGAAGUACAAGAAGAAGAAAUAGUGGCUGAAGUGACGUUAAAGAAGAAACCGGAGAAACCUGAAGAAGUGGUUGAAGAAGCAAUUGUGAAGAAGCCAAAGAAGAAGAAGCCCGUAAAAGAAGAAGAGGCUGUUGAAGUUACAAUAAAAAAGAAAGAGGAAGUGGAAGAAGAAAUUAAAGAAGACGUUGUUAUAAAGAAGAAGCCAAAGGAGGAGGCGCCUGCAGAAGUGGUUGAAGAAGUCAUUUUGAAAAAACCAGAAGAAAAAGCUGCUGAAGAAGUAACUGAAGAAAUAGAGAAACCUAAAAGAAAGAAACCUGUGGAGGAAGAAGCUGCAGACGAAGUCACUAUUAAGAAACCAGUUGUAGAGGAAAAGAAGGAAGAAGACGUUCCUGAACAGGUAACGCUAAAGAAGAAGAAACCAAAGGAAAAACCGGUUCCAGAAGAAGUAACCGAAGAAGUUACACUGAAACCGGUUCCGAAAGAAGAAGAAAAGGCACCAGAGGAAGUAACUGAGAAAGUGGAGAUGAAGAAACCUAAGAAGAAGAAGCCAGUGGUUGAAGAAGCUGCCGAUGAAGUUACUAUCAAGAAACCAGUGCCAGUAGAAAAGGAAGAAGAAGAAAUUAUAGAAGAAGUAACAUUUAAGAAGAAGAAACCAAAGGAGAAACCGGUUCCAGAAGAAGUGAUUGAAGAAAUUACACUGAAACCAGUUCCGAAAGAAGAAGAAAAGGCACCGGAGGAAGUAAGUGAGAAAGUGGAGGUGAAGAAACCUAAAGAGAAGAAACCAGUGGUGGAAGAAGCUGCCGAUGAAGUUACUAUCAAGAAACCAGUAUCAGUAGAAAAAGAAGAAGAAAUUAUAGAAGAAGUAACAUUGAAAAAGAAGAAACCAAAGGAAAAACCGGUUUCAGAAGAAGUGAUUGAAGAAAUUACAUUGAAACCAGUUCCGAAAGAAGAAGGAAAGGCACCGGAGGAAGUAAGUGAGAAAGUAGAAGUGAAAAAACCGAAGAAAAAGAAGCCCGUAGUCGAAGAAGCUGCCGAUGAAGUCACUAUUAAGAAACCUGUUCCUGUAGAGAAGGAAGAAGAGGAAAUUAUAGAAGAAGUAACAUUUAAGAAGAAGAAACCAAAAGAAAAACCGCUAACGGAGGAAGAAGAGGUCGCUAAAGUGACUCUCACGAGACCAAAACCAGUGGAGGAAGAAAAGAAACCGGAAGAAGUAGAAAUAUCAUUGAAAAAGAAACCGAAGAAAAAGCCAGUCGUUGAGGAAGAAGCUGCCGAGGUAACUAUCAAAAAAUUAGUUCCUAUCGAAGCGGAGGAGGCUCCUGAAGAGAUUACCAUCAAGAAGAAGAAGCCAGAAAAGAAACCAAGGCCAGUCACGGAAGAGGUUGAAGAAACUGCCGUAACCAUAAAGAAAGCUCGAGCUCCUGAGGAACCUAAAGAAGAAGAAGAAAUAUCGACCGAUGUACAAAUAAAGAAGAAGAAACCCGUACGUAAAGUUACGGAAGAGGUAGCUGAAGAAUUAACGAUCAAAAAGAUCGAAGAAGUGGAACAACCAGAAGAAGAAGAAGAAGAGGUGCAAGAAUUCACAGUCAAAAGGAAACCUCCAAAGCUGCCACCAAAACCUAUCGAAGAAAUCUACGAAGAUGUUACUCUUCGGAAGUUACGUCCAAAGAAGAAACCAAGGCCAGAUAUCAAAGAAAUAACAGAAGCAGAGAAUGUGACGUUCAGACCACGUUCUACGAAGACCAAAGAAGAUGUAGAGCAAGAAUUCAAGAUCUCGUUGAACACUUACGAGGAAGAAGACAUUUCUAUGUCCGGUAAGGUUAAACUGAAACCUAAGAAACGACCGAUGACGUACUCUGAAGAAGCAGGGGAAGAAACCAUCAAAAUUAUGCAAGAAGUCGAAGACGACUCUGGACCAAUUAUAGAAGAGAUCAUAGAAUCAGACGAGGAGGCUAGAGAUGAAUAUAGCAUAGAAGAAUUAGAGACUGAUGAGAUGAGAGUGCCACUGAGAAGGAGAAAGAAGAAGGAACCAAGGCCAUAUAAGGUGGAAGAUAUCGAGGAAGGUGACGUGAGCUUAAAAUUGAAACGCGAGAGGAAAUAUUCUGUGGAGGAAGCUGACGAAACGUUGGCGCUGAAGUUGAAGAGCAAGAGACGAGUUUCCACCUUCGACGAAGAAGAGGCCUCGCUUAGUAUCACCAGAGAAGAAGACAUUUCAGAGGAAGACGAAAUCGAAUACGUUGUACGCGAUGGCGACACAAUGUUCUCGAUUUGCUCGUACGUGGCAGAAACUGACGAAGCCAUCAACCUCGUCGAAGGAGAAAGAGUUUACGUUAUCGACCAUUCGAAUCAAGACUGGUGGUUCGUGAAGAAACACCUGACGGAAGAAAAGGGCUGGGUUCCAGCGCAAUAUCUUCUCAACGAAGUGCACUAUACUCUGUAUUUGCAGCGCAAAUUGCACGAGAAAAUCGAUAAAUUACCAGUAUUUGAAAAACCAGGGCCAGGGGAGAAGACAUCAGCACCGAGGUUCAUCGAAAAAUUGCAGCCAAUUCACACACCAGAUGGUUACACGAUCCAAUUCGAAUGUCAAGUGGAGGGUCUACCAAGGCCUCAGAUAACUUGGUUCCGACAGACAGCCAUCAUCAAGCCAUCACCUGACUUCCAAAUGUACUACGACGACGAUAAUGUAGCAACUUUGAUCAUCAGGGAAGUGUUCCCCGAAGAUGCUGGCACCUUCACCUGUGUCGCCAAGAACGCCGCUGGUUUCGCUUCCAGUACCACAGAAUUAAUUGUGGAAGCGCCUCUUUCUGAUCAUGGAUCGGAUCUUACUGGUCCAUCCAGAAAGAGCCUCUCAAGAGAAUCAUCUCUCGCCGACAUCUUGGAGGGAAUACCACCAACGUUCUCAAGGAAACCAAAGGCGAAAUACGUCAACGAAGGUGAUGAUGUGAUUUUGGAAUGUCGACUGGUGGCAGUACCUGAACCAGAAAUAACCUGGUACUACAAGGAUACGCAGAUUACAACCAAAGAGAACAUCGUGGUUGCUACCGAGAGCGACAUGCACAUGUACUGCAGCGUAAUUAAGAUCACUAAAGUACAGAAGAAACAGGAAGGAAAGUACACUAUCGUUGCUAGAAACAGGGAAGGUGAAGCUACUAUAGAAAUUCCUAUGAAGGUGAAGACUGGCAAACACGAGCCGCCAGAGAUUCUAGAACCAUUGCAAUCGUACGUGAUACGGGAAGGUGAAACCGUGGUAUUAUCGACACAAAUCGUCGGAAACCCAGCUCCUAAAAUAACUUGGUACAAGAACGGUAAACCACUGAAAGGCUUGACUCCGAAACAAGAUGGCCACGUGAAUACGCUCACGCUGAUUCAACCUCAAGUAUCUGACACAGGGGAAUAUUCUGUGGUAGCUACCAACGAUCUUGGCACAGCCGAAACGAAAGCUACGUUAACAGUUGAAAUAAACUUGAAGCCUUCCCUGACCAUUAGCUUCCAGCAACAAACAUACGAACAGCACAGUGUAUCGAAGGAAAUACCUAGCGGAGCUCCGGAACCGCCACUCUUCACGGAACGAUUCCAAGAACUCACCGUUCCGCAGAAAGGUACCUUCAAGUUGGUGGCGAAGGUUACUGGAAACCCUGUACCAGAAGUCACGUGGUUAAGAAACAACAAACCCUUGGAGAAAUCACCGAACGUCAUAGAAACCUACGACGGCGAGAACAUCGUACUGGAGAUCAGAAACGCGGAUUCAGAGGUAGACGCAGGCGAUUACAAGUGUGUGGCGAGCAAUCCAGUUGGAAAAGCAUCUCACGGUGCCAGAGUGACGGUAGACGUGGAAAAAGUAACAUUCACCAAGACUCUGGAGAAGGAAGUCGUCAUCGACGAGUACAAGACCUUGGAACUCACCUGUGAAACAUCGCACACCGUGUCUACGAAAUGGUGGCACAACGACCAGGAGAUCAGUGGAAUGGAUCAUCGCGAGAUCAUUCACGAAGGACGAGUGCACAAGCUGGUGAUCAAGAAAACGAAUCCUACGGACGAAGGAACUUACAAGUGCACCGUGAAGAAUCAAUCGACGUCGAGCAAAGUUACGGUAAAAGCCACGAAACCGGAAUUCGUGAAGAAGUUACAAGACUGCGAAGUAAAGGAGCGUGACGUUGCCAUUUUGGAGGUUGAAGUUACAUCAGCGACAGCGGACGUUAAAUGGUUCAAGGAUGGCGAGCCUCUGGGACCAAGUAAAGAGAAAUUGGAAUUUGUUAAAGAAGGUACCGUUAGGAAAUUGUUCAUUAGAAGCACAUCCGUCCAUGACGAAGGAGAAUACACGUGCAGCCUUAUCGAUCAGAAAUGUUCAGCGGAAGUCACCGUCAUUGAACUACCACCGGAAAUUAUUACGAAGAUGCAAGAUGUGACAAUAGCAAGAGGCGAGAGGGCAACGUUCGAGAUAGAACUAACAAAAGGAGAUGCGUUGGUUCGAUGGUUCAAAGAUGGACAAGAGUUACAAUUUUCGGAACACGUCCGAUUGUCGAUCGAUGGCAAGAGACAGAAGCUGAAGAUCUACGAUACGGAACCGGAGGACGCAGGCGUUUAUUCCUGCGAAGUCGGUGAACAAAAAUCAACAGCCAAGUUGACUGUAGAGGAACCUGGCGUGGAAUUCGUCACUAAAUUACCGGAUGUCACCCUUGUACCAUUGAACGCCGAUGCCGUUUUCGUUAUUGAAAUAUCACGCGACGUUCCAGUCACGUGGAUGAGGAAAACGGAAGUUCUUAAGGAAUCGUCCAAGUACACCAUUAUAGAUGAGGGAACCGUGAAGAAAUUGAUCGUGAAAAAAUGUACCGCUAAAGAUAUCGCGGAAUACACAGCUGCGGUAACGAACGUGAAAACAUCAUCGAAAUUAAGAGUCGAAGUUAUGGAAACGGCGCCAAAGAUUAGUCCGGAUACACCAAAGAAGUACAAAGUAAGGAAAGGCGAAGACGUGGAAGUAGUCGUGAAAUUCAGCGCAACACCAAAACCAAACGACGAAUGGACAGUGAACGGCAACGUGGUUACAAAAUCGAAACGAGUCGUGCCAUCAAUCGGUGAAGAAUCCGCGGUAUUAACAAUCAGGAAGAUCCAAGAAGAAGAUGUUGGUGAUUAUACUUUGAAACUGGUGAACAACGUCGGAGAGGCUACCAUCGAGAUCAACGUCGUUAUCGUCCAGGUACCGAGUGCACCUGGAGCACCAGAACCAUUGGAAGUAACUGAGGACAGUGUUACGCUUCACUGGAAGAAACCAGAUUCAGAUGGAAACUCGCCCAUCGUUGAGUACAUUCUGGAGUAUCAAGAAAAGACUGAAGCUACGUGGAACAAGAUUACAGAGACUAUAACAGAAACAACACAUACGGUAACGAAAUUAACCACGAACAAAGAGUACACCUUCCGAGUAACAGCUGCAAACGAGGCUGGACCAGGUGAAACAUCACCAACUUCUCCGUACAUAAAGAUAACAAAACCAUCGGCUGCAGAACCACCAGUUCUUCUAGAACCUCUGAAGAGUGUCAUCGUUGGCCUUGGAGAAACAGUCACCCUAUCUUGCGUCAUUGGAGGAACACCGACGCCUCAGAUUACUUGGUUGAGAAAUGACGAAAUUUUCGAAAACAGCAACAUCACGUACGAAAAUCGCGUGGCAAAGUACACGAUCGAGAAGACAACGGAAACAUCGUCGGCGACCUUCACAGUGAAAGCAAAGAACGAAAGAGGAACAGCAGAAACCACGUGCGAACUGAAAGUGCAAGAGCCGCCUAAGAUCACGUACGACGAGAGUUUGGCAAGUCAGAAACUUCCGGUGAACAGCCAAUGGAAGAUCGAUAUUCGGGCGAGCGGCUUCCCGAAACCAGAAAUUACAUGGUCGAAGAACAACAAGAAGAUAGUGGAUAAACGUGUAUCCAUUCAGACAGAAGAAAAAACCUCUACUAUCUCUAUCUCUUCGCUCGUUAGAGAAGACACAGCUACCUAUACAGCAAAGGCAGCGAAUCAAGCUGGCAGCUCUUCGGUUGACUUACAUCUUAGAGUCAUAGAUAAACCAAGCAGGCCUCAAGGACCAGUGAACUUCAAGGAAAUCAGACAAGAUCGCGUCACCAUCGAAUGGCGACCACCAGAAGACGAUGGUGGAAUCGAACUGGAAAAAUACACGAUCGAGAAAUGCGAACCGGGCAAAGCUUGGGUGAAGAUGGUCGAUAUCGACAAAGAAGUGGAGAGCUUCUGUGUGCACAAGCUGCAACAGAAUGCGGAAUACAAGUUCAGAAUCAUCGCCAGGAACGCUGUCGGAGCGUCAGAACCAUUGGAAUCGGAAACGGUCAAAAUGAGAACUUCCUUUGAGCCACCUGGACCACCAAGAGGACCGCUAGAAGUAUCAGGAAUGACGAAGACGUCCUUCACGAUAAAAUGGCAGCCUCCAGAAAACGACGGUGGAACACCGAUAACCGAAUAUAUCGUUGAAAUGAAAGAAGAAUCGAAGAAAUCUUGGCAGAAGAUCGGCAGCACAAAGCACGAAACGACGCAAUUGAACGUAUCGGAUCUGAAGACAGAUGUACCGUACAACUUCAGGAUAACAGCGAAGAACAAUGUUGGCACUGGUCCUCCAUACGUAGCCGAAGAACCAAUUUCAGCAGGCAGACGAAUCAAAAUAACAAAGCUCACCGAAAACACCAUGUACGCUCUGCUUGGCAUAUUCCCGUCAACGAAGGUAGUCAUGAGUAAAACACCUCCAUCGAGUCCACAACACGUACAAGUGACGAAUGUAACCAGUAAGAGCGUCACACUUAGUUGGUCUCCGCCAGCCAGCAAUGGAGGAUCAGAGCUCACAGGAUACAUCAUCGAGAAGAGGCCAUUGAUUGGAAAAGGAGCAAGAUGGACGAAGGUUGUCACCCUGGACGCUACGACGCUUCAACAUUGCAUAGAAAAUUUGAAAGAGAGCGAAUUUAUCUUCAGGAUCUUCGCAGAGAACAACAUGGGACUCAGUUUACCUACAAACUCAGAACCAGUUACCCUAAUGACUCAUGCCAACGUGCCAUCACCACCAACAGCGCCAUUGGAAAUCAGGCAGAUCGCAGCGAACACGGUCGUAAUUUCAUGGGGCAGACCGGAAUCCGAUGGUGGAGCACCAUUGGAAGGUUACAAAAUUGCUAUCAGGGACGCGAAGAAGACAAUGUGGAUGGAAGUAGGCAAAGUGAACGCCGAAACACAGAAAUUGAAUAUCAGGGAUUUACAGGAGAACCAUAUGUACCUGAUCAGGAUCUUUGCCAGGAACGAAGUCGGUCACAGCGAUCCUUUGGAGUCUGAUGAACCAGUCAAGAUCAUACCAGCUUCCGAAUUAGCCGUAGUGGAGCCAGUAGCAGAAGCCACCGAGAAAGGUGAAACCGCGUCGAUGAGCUUCAGCACGGAGAACACGAGUUCUUGGCUACGCGAGCACAACAUGGAUGCCGAUAUCCAUUCGUACGCGAGAGCGAGACUUCUCAGACAAGACGAAUAUUUCUUCCGCAUUUGGCAUUAUGCUAAGAAACUCUUCGAAUAAGCAUUUCUACGAUUUUUAAUGGCUGAGGAAAGACAAAGAAUCAAUUUAUAUUCGUUCUUCGUCUUAUCGAGGACCAGAACAAUUUAACGCGCUAGUAAGACAAAAAGAAAAUCAACAGAGACAAUAAGGAACAUCUUUGAUAUUAAUUUCAUACAGAAAUUUCAUUCUUCUUUUUUCUAACGAAAUUCUCAACAAAUCGUGUUCGUAUAAUAUUUCGAACGACUUGGAUAAUUACUUUCUUCUUCGGUGAAUUCGCUUAUCGUAUCUAUUCGAUCUCCCUCGGUGAAUAUCGUCAUACGUGAAACAAGGAAAAUCAAUGUAACAUUAUCGAAUCGUUCCUCUCUUUUAGAAGCACGCGUAUAGAGACUAGAUUUAAUGUAAGGUUCGAUACUGGAUGGGUGUAGAAUCUAGUCAGCGUAGUGAUAAUACUUUUUUUUUCUUUUUUUCAUCUUUUAACGGACCAAGACUUCCUCACGUAUACUUAGAGUCGAUACAAAUGGAAGAGGAAUUCUUUCCAUUCUUCCGAUUCACGAAAUAAUCGAUAAGGGUAAUCGUAUUACUGAAAAUUCGUGAAUCCAGCUAAGAGAAGUAUGUUUGAAAAUAAACUAAGAAAUGUUAUCAGUGAUCUUUAUGAUAUAGCUUAUCUUUUUAUUUCUCAAGCAUUUUAAGUAAAAUUAUAAAUAACAUUAAUUAUAUUCUUACUAUCAUAAAGAUUCGCUGUGAUCUUUCUUCGUUUCUGAAUUAUUUAAUAUUAUAGAAAUUAUUCUUAUUUAUUAUUUAUUGGUUGUAUAAUUAUUUCUAUCAUUCAAAUAAUUCCAUUAUAUUCGAAUGAGUAGCUAGCUAUUGAAAUGAAUGGAAAGUUUGCACGAAUUUUCAGUCACACGAUUGCGCUGUACUUGAAAAUGAAAACAUCCUGACUUCCUCGGGAUAUUCCUUUCGUUAAAACAGUACGCUAUUGUGAAAUAUUCGACGAGAAAAUUCGAAAAGCCCCGAGACUAACAGAUCGUCGGAGAAUGUGAUAAACGAUCGGAAUCGAUCGAGUACCUUGUGUAAAGAAGCGAUUUAGAAGCGAUUAAGUAUACUUGAACCCUUUCUCCCCCAAUCCUAAACCAUCCUAUUGUCCAUCCCUUCGUUAUCCAUGCCACCCUUUGUAUUUAUAUUAUAAUUGCGAACGGAAAGCAACGUUCGGUUACUCACCCAAGUUUGCGAGGAUUACUUUUAGUAUUUAUUCGUAAUGUAUAAUGUUAUAUUUAAUUGUUAUUCGUCACCAUUGCCGAUGUAAUUAAUAAUAAUUGUUCAUAAUAAAUCGGCAUUGGUGCCGAUUAUUCAUGCGACUGGUCAUUAAGAGACUAGAAAACGAAACGAAGAAAUGCCACGCGUGGUUGGUGUCGCGAGACGUAACAAAAUAUAGGUGCAAAAACAACAGCAUAAUUCACCAACAACGCGUCGCAUACUUCGACGUUAUAUUGUAAGACAUUUUGCCAAUUAAAUUAUUGCAUAUAAUAUAA